AUGCCAAGGAUCAUCCCUCAUGUAGCCAGUGACCCAAGGAAUCUUGGCCUUCUCCCUGAUAUUCCACCACCAGCCAUCCAGGAGCUGGUUCAGGCACAUGUCAGCCGAGGGCUAGGUAUGAGUGAUAAGAUAUAUAUUUAAAAAAAAGUUUUACCUCUCCCCCUGUUCCCUCCCCUGGCCCUGUUUGAUCCUCUUGCCCUGCUCUCUACAGUACAUGGGCCCUGCUCUCUACAUCGGCCCCUGUCUCUACACUGGCCCUCAGCAAUCCUCCACGGACCCUUGGACCUCUGCCCCUGGCUCUCCCUCUCUGUGUAGGCCUAUGUGUGCCAUGUUCAGGCAGCAGAUUCUUUUAAAAGCAAUCAUUCAAGAAUCAGGAUCAUCUUUAUCCGCCAAGUACAUUUACCUGUACCAGAAAUUUGACCUGGUGAAAUGUUGCUGCCAGCAAUUGACAGAAAAUAUGCUCUAUGUAAGAAUAGCAAUUAGUAGAUGGUAAUAUAAUUUGCUGUAAAUAUUUCAUUGAGGUAUGACUGAUAGCUAGCUAGCUAACUUAGCUACAACUAUUGAUACAUUCAUAUGGUCAUUAGAUAUUAGCUGUAUUACCUCGAUGUGAUCUGACAUCCCUGAUAACGUUAGCGCUUUGGAUUUUUAUGUUGUGGAAGGAAGACAAACGUGACUAAUUAGCUAACACAAAUAUACUGAAAAUGUUUUGCUAAUACAUUAAAUGAAAACAAGCAUUUUUGAUUAUGACGAGCCUAAAGUUAGCUAACUGUUAGUUUGCUAAAACUUAGCUGCCCAGUCUAGCCAACAGGUAGAACACAGCUGAACACUACAGAACAUGCAUAACAGGUUGGCAGGAACUAGCUAUUUUCCAGAACAGAACAAAGUGUACAAUAUAAUGGAUGAUGGCUAAUUACAUAAAAUAAUUGAAUGUUUUAUUCCAAAAAGUACUCUUACCAGAAUCUUUGGUUAUAGUCUGACUGGAUUGUCUGUAAGGCUAAACGGCACUAUGGCAGAGUGACAGUUGAGUUGUGAACAUCACUCACCGUGUGAGUGAGAUUACAGCUUGAAUACACUCGAGCCCAACGUCAUCACGUCGCCUUGCUGAGAAAUCAGCUGCAAAAUGUAAACAAACCUGAAGGGGGGAAAAUUGAAAAAAGUUCCGGUAUUUCCAGUGCUGUGGCGUCAAAGCAUUGAAUAAGUAAAAUUAAGACUUAAUAUCUCUUAUUUGAGAGAUAUAAACCAAAAUUGAUAAUGCAUUAUUUUAUUUUGCACUUACUGAGUCUGGCUUUAAGAUCUGAUUAGUAAAGAAAAUACAAGUUUUAGGGUCCUGGUUCACAUGUGACAGCACAGUGGCAUAAUGCAGUACAUGACAAUCUAGCAUCCUGGUAUCGACAGGUCCGAGAACAGAGGGGCUCACUUUUGCAGCCACACCUCAGGAGUUCUCUUCAAGCUUUAUCAGCCACUCGUAAGAGUGUCCACAAAGGGGUCCAGGAAUCAACUGUUUUAGCUCAUCCAAGUCUUUCUGGUGAAGGCCCCGAUUGGAUGGUUAUCAGACGUGUUGACCAAAUGCUUGUUUGGUACACUGCUCGGUUUGAAUGUAGCAGCAGUGCAGCCUGUGUUGGGGGGAUGUUCUCCAUCGAGAACUACCUCAUGGAGAAGAGAUCCUUCCUCAGAUCAUUGACACAAUCUAGGCUGGUUGCCUUGUCAUAGAGAACACAGGUGUAUCUCUCAAUCAAUGUGAAAGUGGACGAGUUCAGAUCAAGGGGUUGAAAUGGUUCAGCUGCCAUGGAAACGAAGGCAUCAGUCACCUUUGGAAAUGACUUCCAUGCACUCCAAUAUGUAUUUUUGCCCUUUCCAUUAAACUAUGAAGUUGUAUCACAACCUGUGAAUGCGUGGAAGCCUGACAAAGCCAAGCUCUUGUGAAUUCCAAGCUUCUCGUAGAUGUUGUUGAUGCAAAUCUCCUGGUAGUUUUUACCCAUACCAAAAGCAAUCCACAGCUUUAUGGUUGAAUAAUCCUUGAUAAAAUGGAAGAACAGCCAGCAAGGAGGACAAUGAUGUCUGUAUCCACUGUAAUUGUCAUGAACCCUGCGUCCUGAGUCUGUUCCUGCCUGUGUUGCUGUUUUUCUGCUCUGAAUCUCCUGUUUCCCGAAGGUUCCUGAACGCACCCUGUCCGGUUGCCGGGCGACGUUGCUAGGCGGGUGAUCUCUCGAUUACCCGCACCUGCUUCUCAUCAGCUUCGGCACACCUGGUCCUGAUCAUCACCCCUUCAUAAGCUCUGACCUGACAUCCAUUCCCUGCCGGAUCGUUAGCCAUUAACAGUAUGUUUUGCCAGCGUAUCAGCCUCUGAGUACUAGCGUUAGUUUUGUUGUUUUUUUGCACCUUGUUGACCUGCCUUGUACUUACCUCGGUUUUUUCUGUCUACAGUCAUUCUCCCGGAACCUUCACCCAACCCCUGCCGUGCCAUCAGUUAAUCUGCCACUUCACCACCACCUACUCAUCUCUGCCACCCGCUCCGUCUCCUGGAUUAUUCUGCAUCUUUUGAAUCUGUAAAUAAACACUCACAUUCGUUCAACUCACCUUGUCCUGGUCUGCUUCUGGGUUCGGUCUUAGAGAACCGUGACAGUAAUAGUUUGUGCACCCGGUUGAAGGGCAUCUUCAAGAUGAAGGCAUACUCUUGUGUCUGCCUCUUCUUGGUCACAUUCCGACAUUGAUGGCAGAGAGCCCUUUGAGACCACAUACUCAUCAAUUUUAGCAUAGAUCUUUUCCAUCUUCAGAUUCAUUGGCACACACCUUCUGUGUCAACAUUUUGAAAAGCUCCUGUUUGUUAUUAGUAGGGGUGUAACGAUUCGUUUUAACAACGAUUCGAUUUGUAUCACGAUUCGUGGUUGUCGAUACGAUUCAAGGACGAUAUUGGUUCAUUUAGAACGAUCCGAAACGAUUCAGUGACCUUUUAGCCAAAAAUUCAACCAGUGUGACUGAAAUAAAUACCUGGAUACUGGACAGUGCAGGUGAAGUUUCCUAGAUUCCUGUUUCUUGUAAGGACCGCAAUGGUGGCUUGAUAAUUUCUCGCUCGUCGGCUUCUCCUCUGUCGUCCGCCAUGCUAUGUUUUGUUGUCUUUGCGCCUUUGCUCUGCUGCUGGCGCGGGGCGAUGACGUCACGGAUAGGCAGACUGAAUCGAGUAAUGUUUAAAGCCUUUAUCAUUAAAAGUGCUAAGAAAAAACAUCCAUAUAAAGUCUGACGUGCUUAAAUCCAAUGGGUUAUUUCCUAGUAUCGAUACAAUCGAUUUAUUACAUUUUAAAACGAUGUUAGAUUGAUAUAUGUUGUCCAAAAGGCCAACUCGCCGAGCACAGAUCGAUGUAGUUGAUUCAUAGGAAUAUAAAUCGAUACAUCGAUGUAGUAGAUGGAUCGUUACACCCCUAGUUAUUAGGAUUUCUGUGAAAGUCAGAGAACAUACAUGGAAGUUUGGUUGUCUCCCCAACUUUCUUUCGGAUGCCUUUUUCUUGCUUCUCUCUCAUUUAAUCUUUUAGACUAUCUUCUUUGUAUGUGUCCCACACAAUAUCGAUUCUAUUGCAGUUUUUCAACUGGUGCUCUACCCAAGGCACUACUGCCAUAUUCGGCAAAUGUGGAAAUUUGUGGGUAGGCAAGGAAUGGACCAUGACAGCUACAUCAAUGAUUUUGGCAUCAAAAGAAGAGGGCACUGGUGGGUAGGAAUCUACAGCUAUCAGGCCUAGUAGAUCAGAUUUUAGGGUUGGCAGGUUAAGCAUUCCGGACAUGGGUUAUUCUCAUGAGUGAAAAACUCGUCCAGGUUUCCAUCUCGGAAUUUGAUCGCAAUGUAAAGUCGGCUGAAAAGUGUACAAUAAAUGUUUUAUGCUGAUAGUUGCCUUUUCUCUUUUGUGACUGGCUUUCCUUUAGCAUUUUUAAACAGUGGUACAUUAUUCCUCCUAAUGCUCUGAUGGAUGGAUGUGUUCCUAUCCACAAGGACUUCCUUGGUACCAUGCCCCAAUUUUUGGGCACCCCUUUUCAUAUAAAUUAAUUCUUCCCAAAGAGCAUCUCUGUCACGUCUACUCCCGCUCCUCCUCUCCGGCACUCGACGUUGCCAGUUUACUUAUUAUUACACACACCUUCCACCAUCGUUACGCGCACCUUUGCCUCAUUAUGAGACUCACCUGGACUCCAUCACUUCACUGAUUACCUCCCCUAUAUCUAUCACUUCCUUUGGUUCAUUCCCCAGGCAGUAUUAGUUAUGGUCCUCUGUAGCUCAGCUGGUAGAGCACGGCGCUUGUAACGCCAAGGUAGUGGGUUCGAUCCCCGGGACCACCCAUACACAAAAAUGUAUGCACGCAUGACUGUAAGACGCUUUGGAUAAAAGCGUCUGCUAAAUGGCAUAUUAUUAUUAUUUAUUAUGUUUUUCAUGUCCAGAUGCUACUCUUGUUUUGUAUUGUGUAUUGUAUUAUUAAUACCCCUGUACUUGCUUCUCUACUCCCGGCGUCUGCGUUACAGAAUACUGCCUCACAAAUGGAAGCAACAGGGAUGAUGUCGGGUCCAAAUGCCACAGCCGAAGCAACCGGCCAUGCCUUGGCAGCAGAUGCAACCACCAACCAUGCCUCAGCUGGCUGGACAGGUUCCCAAGCCUCAGCUGGCUUGACAGGUUCCCAAGCCUCAGCUGGCUCGACAGGUUCCCAUGCCUCAGCUGGCUCGACAGGUUCCCUUGCUGGCUCGACAGGUUCCCAUGUCUCAGCAGAAGCCCCCGCGCCUCAGCAGGCUCGACAGGCUCCCGCGCCUCAGCAGGCUAGACAUGCUCCCGCGCCUCAGCAGGCUAGACAUGCUCCCGCGCCUCAGCUGGCUCGACAGGUUCCCGCGCCUCAGCUGGCUCGACAGGUUCCCGCGCCUCAGCAGAAGUGACCAGCCAGCUCCUGGUCCUCGGGACCUUUCCUCUUGUCAGCGUCGUCCUGCGGCUUGAGCCGCGCUCCCCCCAGGGUUUUUAUUUAUUUUAACUAUUUUUUACAUUGUAGAAUAAUAGUGAAGACAUCAAAACUAUGAAAUAACACAUAUGGAAUCAUGUAGUAACCAAAAAAGUGUUAAACAAAUCAAAUCAAAAUAUAUUUUAUAUUUGAGAUUAUUCAAAAAGCCACCCUUUGCCUUGAUGACAUCUUUGCACACUCUUGGCAUUCUUUCAACCAGCUUCAUGAGGUAGUCACCUGGAAUGCAUUUCAAUUAACAGGUGUGCCUUCUUAAAAGUUAUUUGUGGAAUUUCUUUCCAUCUUAAUGCGUUUGAGCCAAUCAGUUGUGUUGUGACAAGGUAGCGGGGGUAUACAGAAGAUAGCCUAUUUGGUAAAAGACCAAGUAUUAUGGCAAGAACAUCUCAAAUAAGCAAAGCGAAACAACGGUCCAUCAUUACUUUAAGACAUGAAGGUCAGUCAAUCCCAAACAUUUCAAGAACUUUGAAAGUUUCUUCAAGUGCAGUCGCAAAAACCAUCAAGCGCUAUGAUGAAACUGGCUCUCAUGAGGACCGCCACAGGAAUGGAAGACCCAGAGUUACCUCUGCUGCAGAGGAUAAGUUCAUUAGAGUUACCAGCCUCAGAAAUUGCAGCCCAAAAAAAUGCUUCACAGAGUUCAAGUAACAGACACAUCUCAACAUCAACUGUUCAGAGGAGACUGUGUGAAUCAGGACUUCAUGGUCGAAUUGCUACAAAGAAACCACUACUAAAGGACACCAAUAAUAAGAAGAGACUUGCUUGGGCCAAGAAACACAAGCAAUGGACAUUAGACCGAUGGAAAUUUGUCCUUUGGUCUGGAGUCCAAAUUUGAGAUUUUUGGUUCCAACCACCGUGGCUUUGUGAGACGCGGUGUGGGUGAACGUAUGAUCUCUGCAUGUGUAUUUCCCACCGUGAAGCAUGAAGGAGGAGGUGUUAUGGUGUGGGGGUGCUUUGCAGGUGACACUGUCUGUGAUUUAUUUAGAAUUCAAGGCACACUUAACCAGCAUGGCUACCAUCGCAUUCUGCAGUGAUACGCCAUCUGGUUUGGGCUUAGUGGGACUAUCAUUUGUUUUUCAAUAGGACAAUGACCCAGCAAACCUCCAGGCUGUUUAAGGGCUAUUUUACCAAGAAGGAGAGUGAUGGAGUGCUGCAUCAGAUGACCUAGCCUCCACAAUCCCCCGAUCUCAACCCAAUUGAGAUGGUUUGGGAUGAGUUGGACCGCAGAGUGAAGGAAAAGCAGCCAACAAGUGCUCAGCACAUGUGGGAACUCUUCAAGACUGUUGGAAAAGCAUUACAGGUGAAGCUGGUUGAGAGAAUGCCAAGAGUGUGCAAAGCUGUCAUCAAGGCAAAGGGUGGCUAUUUGAAGAAUCUCAAAUAUAAAAUAUAUUUUGAUUUGUUUAACACGUUUUUGGUUACUACAUGAUUCCAUAUGUGUUAUUUCAUAGUUUUGAUGUCUUCACUAUUAUUCUACAAUGUAGAAAAUAGUAAGAAUAAAGAAAAACCCUUGAAUGAGUAGGUGUGUCCAAUCUUUUGACUGGUACUGUAUAUAAAGUGUAAUAUUGGGAUGCAAACUCAAAGUUGAAUAUAUUUCAACUCUAUAUCUGACAUGGUACAGGUGUCUUUUUUUAAAGCGUGUGAGGUGUAUACUUUUGUUUCAAAGUAUGUUUGUUUAUGAAUACCAAGAAACACUCUGUGUGACCCUGAUUCAGCCCACUGCAAUAAAAGGUUAUUAAAAAAUACUUAGUAGUCGCCAAAGUUCCUUUGUCUUUAACCCCUACCCUAACCCUUACCUAAACCUAACGUUAAACCUUAACCCUAACCUUAACCACAGAGUUUCUAAACGCAUAGGCCCAACAUCUUGAGACUUCUCAGAACGCUUGCGAAGCAGACUUGGCAGACCAGUCAAUAUUCCCUAAAAACACUCCACUUUGAUACAGCUAAGACUGGAAGUGACUUUUUCGUACCAGAAUAGGAGAACUUACGCAACAGAUUGUUCACUUUUCUCAUUGAGCAGUGGAUAAUUAACGUAGCAGGUUAGGAUAUAAGGUUAAUGUUAGGAAAAGGGGUAGGGUUAGCGAAAAUGCUCUCCUAAUCUGCUACUAAAAGUAACUUCCGGUAGUACAGUGCCUUGCAAAAGUAUUCAUCCCCCUUGGCGUUUUCCUAUUUUGUUGCAUUACAACCUGUAAUUUAAAUUGAUUUUUAUUUGGAUUUCAUGUAAUGGACAUACACAAAAUAUUCCAAAUUGGUGAAGGGAAAUGAAAAUAAUAACUUGUUUCAAAGAAUUCUAAAAUAGAAAUAACGGAAAAGUGGUGCGUGCAUAUGUAUUCACCCCCUUUGCUAUGAAGCCCCUAAAUAAGAUCUGGUGCAACCAAUUACCUUCAGAAGUCACAUAAUUCGUUAAAUAAAGUCCACCUGUGUGCAAUCUAAGUGUCAAAUGAUCUGUCACAUGAUCUCAAUAUAUAUACACCUGUUCUGAAAGGCCCCAGAGUCUGCAACACCACUAAGCAAGGGGCACCACCAAGCAAGCGGCACCAUGAAGACCAAGGAGCUCUCCAAACAGGUCAGGGACAAAGUUGUGGAGAAGUACAGAUCAGGGUUGGGUUAUAAAAAAAUAUCAGAAACUUCGAACAUCCCACGGAGCACCAUUAAAUCCAUUAUAAAAAAAUGGAAAGAAUAUGGCACCACAACAAACUUGCCAAGAGAGGGCCACCCACCAGAAAUCACGGACCAGGCAAGGAGGGCAUUAAUCAGAGAGGCAACAAAGAGACCAAAGAUAACCCUGAAGGAGCUGCAAAGCUCCACAGCGGAGAUUGGAGUAUCUGUUCAUAGGACCACUUUAAGCCGUACACUCCACAGAGUUGGUGUUCACCAAAAGGCAUGUGGGAGACUCCCCAAACAUAUAGAAGAAGGUACUCUGGUCAGAUGAGACUAAAAUUUAGCUUUUUGGCCAUCAAGGAAAACGCUAUGUCUGGCGCAAACACAACACCUCUCAUCACCCCGAGAACACCAUCCCCACAGUGAAGCAUGGUGGUGGCAGCAUCAUGCUGUGGGGAUGUUUUUCAUCUGCAGGGACUGGGAAACUGGUCAGAAUUGAAGGAAUGAUGGAUGGCGCUAAAUACAGAGAAAUUCUUGAGGGAAACCUGUUUCAGUCUUCCAGAGAUUUGAGACUGGGACGGAGGUUCACCUUCCAGCAGAACAAUGACCCUAAGCAUACUGCUAAAGCAACACUUGAGUGGUUUAAGGGGAAACAUUUACAUGUCUUUGAAUGGCCUAGUCAAAGCCCAGACCUCAAUCCAAUUGAGAAUUUGUGGAAUGACUUAAAGAUUGCUGUACACCAGCGGAACCCAUCCAACUUGAAGGAGCUGGAGCAGUUUUGCCUUGAAGAAUGGGCAUAAAUCCCAGUGGCUAGAUGUGCCAAGCUUAUAGAGACAUACCCCAAGAGACUUGCAGCUGUAAUUGCUUGAAAAGGUGGCUCUACAAAAUAUUUUGAAUCUUCAAAGUGGUAGGCAUGUAAAUGAAAUGAUACAGGUUGUAAGGCAACAAAAUAGGAAAAAUGCCAAGGGGGGUGAAUACUUUUGCAAGCCACUGUAGCUGUAUCGAAGUGGCAUUUUUAGGAAGUCCCAUACCGGGAUUUGGGGAUUGAGAAGUAAAUGAGAGAAGUGAACAAUUCUUCCUUAGUUCAAUUCCUUGAAAUCAAAAGGCACAACCUAGAUUUCAGCCAACGUCUUAAGUAGCUGAACAUGUUAUUAUUCCAACCUCAAAAACAACUUUAUAUUGAAGGAGUACCUUUGGGCGCGUUUGAAUGGUAAGGCGAAAGCAACCAACUGUGCAGAAGAAAGUUGAAAAGUGAAGUCGGAGGAGGUGCAUCUGUGACAGAACGUCAGACACUAAUGUGUUUUUGUAACAGCAAGGCUCAGAUCAACAUGGCAGUGUUGCUAUUGUUUAUUCAAGUUAAGGAUUACUUUAUCCUAUCCCAGGUAUUCCUUAAAGAGGUGGGGUUUCAAAUGUCUCCGGAAGGUGGUGUGUGACUCCGCUGUCCUGGCGUCGUGAGGGAGCUUGUUCCACCAUUGGGGUGCCAGAGCAGCGAACAGUUUUGACUGGGCUGAGCGGGAACUAUGCUUCCGCAGAGGUAGGGGAGCCAGCAGGCCAGAGGUGGAUGAACGCAAUGCCCUCGUUUGGGUGUAGGGACUGAUCAGAGCCUGAAGGUACGGAGGUGCCGUUCCCCUCACAGCUCCGUAGGCAAGCACCAUGGUCUUGUAGCAGAUGCGAGCUUCAACUGGAAUCCAGUGGAGUGUGCGGAGGAGCGGGGUGACGUGAGAGAACUUGGGAAGGUUGAACACCAGACGGGCUGCAGCAUUCUGGAUGAGUUGUAGGGGUUUAAUGGCACAGGCAGGGAGCCCAGCCAACAGCGAGUUGCAGUAAUCCAGACGGGAGAUGACAAGUGCCUGGAUUAGGACCUGUGCCGCUUCCUGUGUAAGGCAGGGUCGUACUCUCCGAAUGUUGUAGAGCAUGAACCUACAGGAUCGGGUCACCGCCUUGAUGUUAGCGGAGAACGACAGGGUGUUGUCCAGGGUCACGCCAAGGCUCUUCGCACUCUGGGAGGAGGACACAACAGAGUUAUCAACCGUGAUGGCGAGAUCAUGGAAUAGGCAUUCCUUCCCCGGGAGGAAGAGCAGCUCCGUCUUGCCAAGGUUCAGCUUGAGGUGGUGAUCCGUCAUCCAUACUGAUAUGUCUGCCAGACAUGCAGAGAUGCGAUUCGCCACCUGGUUAUCAGAAGGGGGAAAGGAGAAGAUUAGUUGUGUGUCAUCCGCGUAGCAAUGAUAGGAGAGGCCAUGUGAGGAUAUGACAGAGCCAAGUGACUUGGUGUAUAGCGAGAAUAGGAGAGGGCCUAGAACUGAGCCCUGGGGGACACCAGUGGUGAGAGCACAUGGUGCGGAGACAGCUUCUCGCCACGCCACUUGGUAGGAGCGACCGGUCAGGUAGGACGCAAUCCAAGAGUGAGCCGCGCCGGAGAUGCCCAGCUCGGAGAGGGUGGAGAGGAGGAUCUGAUGGUUCACAGUAUCAAAGGCAGCAGACAGGUCUAGAAGGACAAGAGCAGAGGAGAGAGAGUUAGCUUUAGCAGUGCGGAGAGCCUCCGUGACACAGAGAAGAGCAGUCUCAGUUGAAUGACCAGUCUUGAAAUCUGACUGGUUUGGAUCAAGAAGGUCAUUCUGAGAGAGAUAGCAAGAGAGUUGGCUAAAGACGGCACGCUCAAUAGUUUUGGAGAGAAAAGAAAAAGGGAUACUGGUCUGUAGUUGUUGACAUCAGAGUGGUCGAGUGUUGGUUUUUUGAGAAGGGGUGCAACUCUCGCUCUCUUGAAGACGGAAGGGACAUAGCCAGCGGUCAAGGAUGAGUUGAUCAGCGAGGUGAGGUAAGGGAGAAGGUCACCGGAGAUGGUCUGGAGAAGAGAGGAGGGGAUAGGGUCAAGCGGGCAGGUUGUUGGGCGGCCUGCCAUCACAAGUCGCAAGAUUUUAUCUGGAGAGAGAGGGGAGAAAGAAGUCAAAGCAUAGGGUUGGGCAGUGUGAGCAGGACCAGCAGUGUCAUUUGACUUAACAAACGAGGAUCGGAUGUCGUCAACCUUCUUUUCAAAAUGGUUGACGAAGUCAUCCACAGAGAGGGAGGAGGGGGGGGGGGGGGGGGUGAGGAUUCAGCAGGGAGGAGAAUGUGGCAAAGAGCUUCCUAGGGUUAGAGGCAGAUGCUUGCAAUUUAGAGUGGUAGAAAGUGGCCUUAGCAGCAGAAACAGAUGAAGAAAAUGUAGAGAGGAGGGAGUGAAAAGAUGCCAGGUCCGCAGGGAGUCUAGUUUUCUUCCAUUUCCGCUCAGCUGCCCGGAGCUCUGUUCUGUGAGCUCGCAAUGAGUCAUCAAGCCACGGAGCUGGAGGGGAGGACCGAGCCGGCUGGGAGGAUAGGGGACAUAGAGAGUCAAAGGAUGCAGAAAGGGAGGAGAGGAGGGUUGAGGAGGCAGAAUCAGGAGAUUGGAGGGAGAAGGAUUGAGCAGAGGGAAGAGAUGAUAGGAUGGAAGAGGAGAGAGUAGCGGGAGAGAGAGAGCGAAGGUUGCGACGGCGCAUUACCAUCUGUGUAGGGGCAGAGUGAGUAGUGUUGGAGGAGAGCGAGAGAGAAAAGGAUACAAAGUAGUGGUCGGAGACAUGGAGGGGAGUUGCAGUGAGAUUAGUAGAACAACAGCAUCUAGUAAAGAUGAGGUCAAGCGUAUUGCCUGCCUUGUGAGUAGGGGGGGACGGUGAGAGGGUGAGGUCAAAAGAGGAGAGGAGUGGAAAGAAGGAGGCAGAGAGAAAUGAGUCAAAUGUAGACGUAGGGAGGUUGAAAUCCCCCAGAACUGUGAGGGGUGAGCCAUCCUCAGGAAAGGAACUUAUCAAGGCGUCAAGCUCAUUGAUGAACUCUCCAAGGGAACCUGGAGGGCGAUAGAUGACAAGGAUAUUAAGCUUAAAUGGGCUAGUGACUGUGACAGCAUGGAAUUCAAAUGAGGAGAUAGACAGAUGGGUCAGGGGAAAAAUUGAGAAUGUCCACUUGGGAGGGAUGAGGAUUCCUGUGCCACCACCCCGCUGACCAGAUGCUCUCGGGGUAUGCGAGAACACAUGGUCAGACGAGGAGAGAGCAGUAGGAGUAGCAGUGUUUUCAGUGGUAAUCCAUGUUUCCGUCAGCGCCAAAAAGUCGAGGGACUGGAGGGUAGCAUAGGCUGAGAUGAACUCUGCCUUGUUGGCAGCAGAACGGCAGUUCCAGAGGCUGCCUGAGACCUGGAACUCCACAUGGGUGGUGCGUGCAGGGACCACCAGGUUAGAGAGGCAUUAGCCACGCGGUGUGAGGCAUUUGUAUAGCCUGUGCGGAGAGGAGAGAACAGGGAUAGGCAGAGGCAUAGUUGACAGGCUGCAGCAAAUGGCUACAAUAAUGCAGAGGAGAUCGGAAUGAAAUGAACUAAACAUCUGGGAAAGGAGAGAGCGGGGCCUCCCUCACCACAACUCCCAAAUAUAACUCUCCCAACUUCCACCUCAGAAACUAUAAUUGUUGUAAACUACAGCGGUUCAAUGUUUUCUAGGAAUAGACUAACUUAGUUUAUUCAGCUAGCUAACUAGGUACAGUAUUAUUCCGUGAAAAUCGUCCAGGCACCUAGUCAUAAGAUACCACAGCCAGCUAGCAUGCCGGACUCCAACAACACGGUUUAGCGCCAAUACUCGGCCACAACAAACCACCAGUGUAUCAACACGCAAGCAGAUCGUUCGUGUCCGUGUCUAACGUUGUGGGUUAGUCCCGACAGCUUGAGCGAGUCCGUCGUCAACUUAUUCAGCCAGUUAGUUAGCUAGAAUAGUUAGCAAGCUAGCUAGCCAUUGCUUUCAGACAAAGAAGAACCCCUCCUUUCACGGCACGAACACACAGAGAGAGCCAAGCUAACGUUAACUAGUCACCCAUGUCCCGAAUUCCUUGAACGACUCGGGCUACCAAUAUGUAAAAAACAAAACACAAAUGUAAGUUAUGACUUACCCCUAGCAGCUACUGUUAGCUAGCCAAGUGCAAAGCUAGCCACUGAAUUGACUCAGCCAGUUCGCGUCUGUUCGCUAGGUCGUUCCAGCUAUUGUUUACUAGUAGCUAUCCAGGUAGCAACAAGCUAGCUAAAUUUCAAGCACAGUAGCCACUUGCUACCUAACGUUAACGGUUCAGACAAUGAGGUUAGAAAACAGUUGAAUGGUAGGCAAUUAUUGUAUGUAAUUAUUGUAGGCAGCCAGCUGGCGUAAUUACAGGCACUCUCAGGCGUGAAACAACUAUACCGUUGCUAAUAGCUACUCGCCAGCUAGUCCAGGUGGUACCAUCUAGUACCUCCAGAACAGCCUGAAUUCUUCAGGGCAUGGACACUUUGCUCGAUUGUUAUCAAGGGACCUAACAUGUAUCGUAGCAAGUUGGUUCUGUUUCAGUCAUGUCUUUGGUCACAUUCGUGUGGUUCAAACAAAUCAAAUCAAUGUGGCAGUGUUGCUAUUGUUUAUUCAAGUUUUUCUUUAUAAUGUUGAAAUAAACAUGUCUCCAACCCCCAUAUUACACACUCACACAAACUGAAAUCAUAUGUGUGUAGGCCUACAUUGUACAAUCAAUUAGUGAGAGAGAGCAUCAAAUGUGACAUUCAUUUGUAUACACUCAGUGGCCAGUUUAUUAGGUACCAUCUAGUACCUCCAGAACAGCCUGAAUUCUUCAGGGCAUGGACACUUUGCUCGAUUGUUAUCAAGGGACCUAACAUGUAUCGUAGCAAGUUGGUUCUGUUUCAGUCAUGUCUUUGGUCACGUUCGUGUGGUUCAAACAAAUCAAAUCAAAUCAAUGUUUUUAUCUGUCACAUGCUUUGUAGACAACAGUUGUAGUGCUUACAGGACGAAGAACAGUUUCUAUAUCUACGUAUCUAAGGCUCUGGUCUGUCCAAGAAGUGAGGGUAAAUAGUAGAAAUGUUCUCUGCUAUCCACUUAAUUUUUUAAAAUUAUUAUUUUGGGGAUAGGGGAGGGUCACUUGUUUGUUUUUUCAAGCAUUCAGGGAGGGUUUAGGUAAAAUAUAUCCAUUUACACUUUCAUUUUAGAGAGGUCUGAUUUCUCCACGUAACCCUUAUUAUAAAUAACGUUCACUCCCUAAAUGCUUCAAAAUUCACAAAAAGCUGAUGAAGAUUAUCUCAUAGAACAAAACGUUUAAGAUCUGUGUUUCCCACAGACUUUCUUUUCGGCUUUUAUCCCAAAACACCCUACAAAGCACCAUUUAUUUCCACAUAGGCUUUGUCCAACGAACCAUGGCGGAGUUUCUAAAAACCUUUUUUUGCUUUGUCAUUAUGGGGUAUUGUGUGUAGAUUGAUGAGGGAAAAAACCAAUUUAAUCAAAUUUAGAAUAAGGCAGUAACGUAACAAAAUGUGGAAAAAGUCAAGGGGUCUGAAUGCUUUCCGAAGGCACCGUACAUGUCAGCAGGGAUGGAAAUUAAGCUCGCCCGAGGCUAGUACUUUUCAGACUGGGCUAGUGGGCAAUGUGCCAAACUAACCUGACACAACAGUGAAAUGUUGCCUUUACAAACAUCACAUCCCACAGGUUUAGGACCUGAAUGUUCCCCGGGCUGGUAGAAAUCAUGGUCUACUGGCCAGUGCUCAAAAUCCUUAUGUUCCAUCCCUGCAUAUCAGUUCCUUUCAGAUCCUGUCCUGAUCAUCUAGUUGAGCAUUCCAGAUAAUUCCUCCGUCCAGAUGGGCGAACCGGAAACCCAGUGACAACACUUGGGUCUGCAGGUGCCAUUUUCCGGUGGGAAAGAGAAAUGAUGUUGACUGUUGAUUGGGAAACCAGAACAAACAAUGUGGAAUGAGGAUUGGGUGUUGAGGAACCACUUGUCACAUUGUCCAAGGUGGAUUUGUGUUAUAAUAAAGAAUGCGUUUUCUGUCCAGAUAAAGAUGUUGAUACAGUCUCUCCCUCCCUCCCUCUCUCUCUCCCUCUCUCUCUCUCUCUCUCCCUCUCUCUCUCUCUCUCUCUCUCUCUCUCUCUCGCUCCCUCUCUCUCUCUCUCUCUCUCUCUCUCUCUCUCUCUCUCUCGUUAAGCAGUCCAGAUGAUUUUCAUAGGGUGUGACCUAUCCAACUCUACUUACUUCUUAUUUGGAGUUCAACGGUAACAUUGAAGUUCCAGGCACGAGGGAUGAUGCCAGAUGCUGGGAUAGAAGGUAGCCCUUUUCUUUGAUGCUGCUUUGCUUUGAUGUUGGCAGUUAAUUUAAAUAUAGUCAGUUAAUCAUUCAACUUAAACUGGCUGGCUAGUUAGCUUACAAACAAACAUACUGUGCAGAUAUAUCUACAAAUUCACCUGGCUAAAUUAUAGUUUGAGGAGGAGUGACAUAACACUGUGCUGUUACAUGUGUAUAUGGCCUUGUUUAACAGCAAAAUGAGCUAAACUGAAACAUCUGCUAACUACUUUAAUCAUUUCAUUAUUGCAAAUGCUCAGGCAGCUGCCAUUUUCCAUUGGGAAAGAAAAAUGGCUCUGCAUUUACCAGAAAAGGAAGCUCCACACAACAAAGGGGGUGGCUUCCUCCACUCGAAUUCCACAUCCAUACAGCUGAUAUUGUGAACUGCGAAAAUAGCCAAUGCUGCCGCAUGGCUACACUUAUGAGCUCCACGGUUGCAUUCACAUGUGGUAGAUAGUAUAGCCUGGUCACCUAUAGAGACCUGCCAAGAAGAAGUAUUUUAAGUGCCACGUGCCUUUCAACGUAUGACUUUGAACACCUUGAACUACAUUUGUUGUAAGAAAUGUGCUAUAUAAAUCAAGUUUGAUUUAAUUGAUGACAUUGCAGCUCUAGAAUAUUUAAUAAACUGUAAUUUUCACAUGAGGACAAGUGCAGUUUUUCCAUAAACUUUUAAUUGAUAACUUGAGAUUUUAUCACUUGACAUACUGUAUCAAUCAUACAGUGGGAAGGAUCCUACAAAUCAAGACUGUGUGAAUGCAUGUACCUACCACUCUGAACAAAUAAAUACUGUGCCUUUGAAUAUUUGUCUCCAGUCAUGCAACUACAAAACAGACUUGAUGUCUAAACAAAACAGUCCGGGUAGCCAUGAUUAGUUGUUCAGGAGUCUUAUGGCUUGGGGGUAGAAGCUGUUAAGAAGCCUUUUGGACCUAGACUUGGCGCUCCGGUACUGCGUGUCGUGCGGUAGCAGGGAGAACAGUCUAUGACUAGGGUGGCUGGAGUCUUUGACAAUUUUUAGAGCCAAACUCUGACACCGCCUGGUAUAGAGGUCCUGGAUGGCAGGAAGCUUGGCCCCAGUGAUGUACUGGGCCUUACGCACUACCCUCUGUAGUGCCUUGCGGUCGGAGGCCGAGCAGUUGCCAUACCAGGCGGUGAUGCAACCAGUCAGGAUGCUCUCGAUGGUGCAGCUGUAUAACUUUUUGAGGGUUUGAGGAAAUUGAGUAAAUUGAGGCAAAUAUAUUGAUAAAAAUCACCUUGUCCAAGAGAGAAUUACACAGUUAUCAAAAUGUCACGGCAAGUUAAGCCUACACCAAACACAUACUUUGUUUGAAGUUUUUGUAAAAUUCACUAUGUGAAAAAUUUAUGGUACAAAAACGAUUGGAACCAUUUCUGUGUUUGACCACUAGGUUUUAUGGGUACUUUGAGGUAUCCACUGAAAUCCCUGCUCAGCUUGUAGGCGAUGUCAUGGCGACAUUGGCUAGCUAAGCUCAUGCGCAGAAAUCUCGCGCCGAACUGCGCAUGUGCAGGCCAUCAAAUCAAAGGCACGCCUUCGAUAUAAAGUUGUUUUUGAUGAAAAUGAAAAUGUGUCAGUUUGUCACUUUCACGAGGUUGAAGUAACAACAUGUUCAACUACUUCAGACAUUGGCUCUAAUAUAGGUUGUGCCUUUAGAUUUCGAGAAAAUUAACAACUAAGGAAGAAUGUUUCACUUCUCUCAUUGACUUCUCUAACCCCAAACUCCGGCCUGGUCUGCUUGGUCUGCUUCACAAUUGUUCCCGGAAGUCUUGCGAUGUUGCGCCUCUGGGUUUAGAAACUCUGUGUUGAUUAGCUCUAUAGUUGCCCAACGUCGCCAUGACAUCGCCUACAAGAGUGAUCGGGGAUUUCUAUUGGCGAAGCAGUUUCUACAUAUCUUCACACUAAAUCAUCCUUGCCUUACUCGUUUUAAAAUUUCAAUUUCAAUGUGGUGACGUCAGAGUUGGGACGUCCCAAGGAUCCCAUUUAGAUUUUUCCAUGACGUUCGACCAAAUCCGGAAAUAGCAGACAGCUGAAGCAACUCGUUAUUCUUUGAGCUGCUAUCGUGCAACCAGGUGGACGACGACUUCCUUUUCUUGUACUUCGAGCAUCAAGGUAAAAUAUAUUUUUUAUGUUAUUUGUUUAGAAAAUCUCCAACACAAUACUGUUUUGUUAUUAUUGGUGUUGGCUAAGUAAUUGUGCUGCUGUGAUAGGAGCAGACAGAGUAGCCUAGAGCAGGAGUAUCAUUCAUUGGGGUCUGUGUUAUUCUCUCUCACCGUUGUGUAUGAAAAGCAUUGCAUUGCCUGCAGUAGUCCAGAACAUUGCAAAAAUAUAAGCAUUUUGUUUAAUGUAAUAUGGCUACACAUUUUAGUGUGUAUCUGUUUUUAGUGUUCAUUUAAGUGCAUCUAUAACUUCCUUCCUCUAAAUUAAUUAAACACCUUGACCUAAUUCGUAGGGUCUUUUUAUUUUGCUCCAUGAACGAAACUUAUAUUUGGAAACACCUGCUUUCAAUAUACUUUAUAUCCCUCAUUUACUCGUGUUUCCAUUAUUUUGGCAUUUACCUGUAUGUAGCAUAUCACGUUUGUGUGCAGACGCUGCUUCAUCUUGAUGACAGAGCAUUCGUCAUAGUGCAGUGUAGCCUAAUUACAAGAUUGCCUGAUGACUGGGUUUAUGAUUUAAAUGGAGAUUAUGUGAUAAGCAUUCAUAUUGAAUAUGAAGAUCAAGAAUUUCCGUCCCAUCUUAACCCCCUUCCAUGCCUCUGCAGUCUCAUACCUUGAAAGUGGAAGUGGAAAUGUUCAGAAAGUUAGUGUAAUAAUGUCAUGUGGUAUGUUGACAUGAUGUUGAGUGCAACAUCUGCUGUACACAUAUCACACACUUAAUCUCAGUGCUCUGUAUGUAGGCUAUAGUGAUAUAAUUUAUAAUAACCUACUUUUCCCCCAAAAUUAUACAGAUCUGAGAUGUAUUCUACAGAGACCCAUAAUGGAGUGUUAUUAUAAGUUAGUAGCACAACUCAACAACCAUAUUCCUUUCACUUAGGUAUGGCGCUGUGAUAGCGUAGCCUAAAGAGAGGGACACUGUGGUCCAUCGUAUGAUGUUACCUCCAUGGCUCACCAGAGGGUAAACAGGCUUUGCCAGCAUGGCGCUUGUAUGGGGCAAACACACCACUGCCUGUCCAUUGUAGGAACAGAUGCUGUAAAUAAAGGAAUUCUCUCUGUGCUUUGUUGUGUCAACCAUGUGUUAGUAUCUCUGUUACUACUGAGAGACAUAUAGCCCUAAUUUUACUUUCAUUUUCAAAGUUACAAAGUGGGAGUUGUUCCUCUAUGUGGGAACCCUGUGAAUGAGUUAUCGCAUAACUGUAAUUUAAUGGGUCAUUAACCCAGAGAAAGAUCAUUUUAGAUUAAUCCCAUAAGACCAAUAUGCAGCCAGGCCCACAGUUAAGUAACAAUUAUGUGUGUUGCUGCUGUCUGCUCAGCCUGGCUGGGUUUGCUCCUUUAUGUGAAAUCACCAUGAAAGCCUCUCUCUGCAGUGGGAGCUCAGUUGAGUUGACCCAGUAAAUUCUCACAUGAAUAUCAAUCUACUCAUCCUGUAUGGCACGAUGACUCAUAUCUAUGUGACUGCAUUGCGUUUCAGUUUAGUCUCAAUCAAUUCUGGAGCAUAAUUUCAUAGUAAUUUCUUUUUAGAAGGUACACAGUAUAGGCUAAUCUACUUGCAGUUUUUGUAUGCCUUCAAAAACAAUUCAUACCCCUUGACUUAUUCCACAUUUUGUUGUGUUACAGCCUGAAUUCAAAGUUGAAUAAAUUGAUUUUCUUUCUUACCCGUCUGUCUACACACAAUACCCCAUAAUAACAAAGUGAAAACAUGUUUUUAGAAAUGUUUGCAAAUGUAUUGAAAAUGAAAUACAGAAAUAUGACAUUUACAUAAGUAUUCACUCCCCUGAGUCAAUAGAAUCUAGAAGCUCCUUUGGUGGCGAUUACAGCUGUGAGUCUUUUGGGAUAAGUCUCUAAGAGCUUUGCACACCUGGAUUGUACAAUAUUUGCCCAUUAUUCUUUAAAAAAAAUUUCAAGCUCUGUCAAGUUGAUUGUUGAUCAUUGCUAGACAGCAAUUUUCUAGUCUUGCCAUAGACUUUCAAGCCGAUUUAAGUCAAAACUGUAACUAGGUCACUCAGGAACAUUCAAUUUUUUUUGUUUUUUGUUUUUGUUUUUUUUGCUUACCAAUGUUGUCUUGGUAAGCAACUCCAGUGUAGAUUUGCCCUUGUGUUUUAGGUUAUUGCUGAAAGGUGAAUUCAUCUCCCAUUGUCUGUUGGAAAGCAGACUGAACCAGGUUUUCCUCUACGAUUUUGCCUGUGCUUAUAGCUGUAUUCUGUUUCUUUUUAUCCUAAAAAAAACUCCCUAGUCCUUGCUGAUGACAAGCAUACCAAUAACAUGUUGCAGCCACCACCAUGCUUGAAAAUAUGAAGAGUGGUACUCAGUGAUGUGUUGUGUUGGAUUUGACCCAUCGUGGCGGCAGGUAGCUUAGUGGUUAAGAGCGUUGUGCCAGUAACCGAAAGGUCGCUGGUUCUAAUCCCAGAGCCGACUAGGUGAAAAACCUGUCGAUGUGCCCUUGAGCAAUGCACUUAACCCUAAUUGCUCCUGUAAGUCGCUCUGGUUAAGAGCAUCUGCUAAAUGACAAAAAAUAAAAUAAAAUAAAUAAACGCUUUGUAAUUCAGGAAAAAAAGUAAAUUUCUUUGUCACAUUUCUUUUGCAUUAUUACUUAAGUGCCUUAUUGCAAACAGGAUGCAUGUUUUGGAAUAUUUGUAUUCUGUACAGGCUCCUUUCUUUUCACUCUGUCAUUUAGGUUAGUAUAGUGGAGUAACUUCAAUGUUGUGGAUCCAUCCUCAGUUUUCUCAUAUCACAACCAUUAAACUCUGUAACUGUUUUAAAAUCACCAUUGGCCUCAUGGUGAAAUCUCUGAGGAGUUUCCUUCCUCUCCGGCAACUGAGUUAGGAAGGACGCCUGUAUCUUUGUAGUGACUGGGUGUAUUGAUACACCAUCCAAAGCCUAAUGAAUCACUUCACCAUGCUCAAAGGGUUAUUCAGUGUCUGCUUUUUGUUUUACACAUAUACCAACCGGUGCCCUUCUUUGAAAAACCUCGCUGGUCUUUGCGGUUGAAUCUGUACUUGAAAUUCAAUACGUGGUUGAGGGACCUUGCAGAUAAUUGAAUGUGUGGGGUACAGAGAUGGGGUAGUCAUAAAAAAAUCAUGUUAACCACUAUUAUUGAACACGUAAUGAGUCCAUGCAACUUAUUAUGCGAUUUGUUAAGCACAUUUUUAGUCCUGAACUUAUUUAGGCUUGCCAUAACAAAGGGGUUGAAUACUUAUUAACUCAAGACAUUUCAGCUUUAAUUAACAAUUAAUAAAAAAAUAUGUCUACAAACAAAAUUCCACUUUGACAUGUGUUACAUACGCGAAUGCGGUGGAUUUAGAUGCAUCCAAUGCAAAAAAACAUGUCUCUAGCUUAAACUGAUUUUUGUAUUAUGCUUAUUAGAUUUCCGUGGGCUCGGACAUCGACCUUAGAGGGUUUUAAGUGCCUGUAAUUUUACGGUACACUACAGGCUACUGGUUGCAGUGAAAGUACGCUAAACAACAAGUUACUGAAUUUUGGGUAUUUGUGCCAACCGUCAGUGGAAGUGUUGUAACAGUUUAAGUGGUUGAUGGUUAUGUUGUCAAAGGUUGAGCACCUCUUUUAACACUGUCAGUUCUGCAAUCUUUGUAAGAGCAUGUGACAAUAAAGAGCUGCACUGUUAAGAGGUUACUGUGCAUUUCACAGUAACUUAAUGGCAGUUAGUUGCCUGGAAGUUGCUGUGAAUUUUGCAUGCAAUUUUAAUCUAGUUUGUGUUGCUUCAUGUAACAGCAAAGUUGCUUGAGAUGAUGUCACUUGCAACUACACAUCAUUGACCUCUGGAAAAAAACCACCAAACAACCCGCUGCAGUAAGGCCAUUUUGAAUAGUAAACACAUGCACCCUUCCUUCUUUCUUUGAGGAAAUAGCUCAUCUGACAUAGUAAGAUUGCUUGCCUUUAACCAAUGGGGAGGAAGCGUUGCAUCUACUCACUUUAAUGAUCAGUGAUUACCUCAAGGAAGGGAUGUAUUUGAAAGGUAUUUGAAUAGAGCCUAGUUGUUGAGUGCAGAGGGUCCGCUCUUACCUUUUGCUUUUUGUUGGUGCUGUCUAACAGACAUAAAACGCAUAAAAGAAAUGCCUUGUGAUUCAUGAUCGACUCAAGACUAAAGCAUUUAUCUUAUACUUGCUUUUUUUUGGGGGGGGGGGGGGGGGGGGUUCAAUAAGAAUGCUCCGAAUUCCUGGCCCUCACAUAUUGGCCAAGGAAGACUGAAAUCUACUGGUGCUAGUCCAGGAUUCAGCAGGUCUGUUCUCUGCACAAGGGCACAGGGCAACCUAAAAAGCCCUACUGGCUGUGAUGAACGCGCCGUCUCUCAGCUACACUGCAUGUCUGUGCGUGUCCACAAGCACUCUUUGUGAAGACAUGACAGUCUUCACUCAUGCAGUGGAAAAAGUCAAGGUUCAUCUGUCUAGCAUACCAAAAACAGCAGGCGCAAAUUCUGGUUAUCCUAUAGGGUAACCUAUUUUUUUGUUAAUUUGCAAGGACAAAGGUAUCUCUUGAUGGAGACGUAGUAGGCAUAUCUACAGUGACAUCAUUGUGAGUGGCGCAGACAGUCUUAGGAAAUAUUUUGGUGUCACCGACCUUUGCUGUUGCUGUUACUUCAGGGGCCUUUGCACCCCGCCUUGAAAACAUAUCUGACGGAAACCCUGUGGUGCUAGUAGCUCAGCCUUCUUUGGUGAGCAGUUUUAAAACGUGUUGGAGUGGGCCUUUGUUGUAUGACUCAUGCUCGGUGCUGUAAAAACCUUAAAGAAGGAUGAUGUUGAAAUUGUGUAGGCAGGGCCUAUAGUAGUUGUGGGGUGUAUAUUGAUGGGGGUAGUUAAAGGGGAACGUGUAGGCCUACGUUUCUAUGUUAUUCCUCUGAUUUGUUUGUGUAUGAGUCAGUUUAUGUGCCAGUUCUGGGAGAUGCUGGCUAGUAGUGAUGCGCUAAUUGUCUCAUAACCACAGUCCCCAUGUACAGUACCAGUCAAAAGUAUGACCCACCUACUCAUUCCAGGGUUUUUCUACUAUUUUUACUAUUUUCUACAUUGUAGAAUAAUAGUGAAGACAUCAAAACUAUGAAAUAACACAUAUGGAAUCAUGUGGUAACCAAAUAAGUGUUAAACAAAUCAAAAUAUAUUUUAUAUUUGAGAUUCUUCAAAGUAGCCACCCUUUGCCUUGAUGACAGCUUUGCACACUCUUGGCAUUCUCUCAACCAGCUUCGUGAGGUAGUCACCUGGAAUGCAUUUAAAUUAACAGGUGUGCCUUGUUAAAAGUUAAUUUGUGGAAUUUCUUUCCUUCUUAAUGCGUUUGAGCCAAUCAGUUGUGUUGUGACAAGGUAGGGGUGGUAUACAGAAGAUGGCCCUAUUUGGCAAAAGACCAAGUCCAUAUUAUGGCAAGAACAGCUCAAAUAAGCAAAGAGAAACUUCAGUCCAUCAUUACUUUAAGACAUGAAGGUCAGUCAAGCCGGAACAUUUCAAGAACUUUGAAAGUGCAGUCUCAAAAACCAUCAAGCUCUAUGAUGAAACUGGCUCUCAUGAGGACUGCCACAUGAAUGGAAGACCCAGAGUUACCUCUGCUGCAGAGGAUAAGUUAAUUAGAGUUACCAGCCUCAGAAAUUGCAGCCCAAAGAAAUGCUUCACAGAGUUCAAGUCACAGACACAUCUCAACAUCAUCUGUUCAGAGGAGACUACAUGAAUCAGGCCUUCAUGGUCGAAUUACUGCAAAGAAACCAAUACUAAGGGACACCAAUAAUAAGAAGAGACUUGCUUGGGCCAAGAAACACGAGCAAUGGACAUUAGACCGGUGGAAAUCUGUCCUUUGGUCUGAUGAGUCCAAAUUUGAGAUUUUUGGUUCCAACCGCCGUGUCUUUGUGAGACACAGAGUAGGUGAACGGAUGAUCUCAGCAUGUGUGGUCCCACCGUGAAGCAUGAAGGAGGAGGUGUGGGGGUGCUUUGCUGGUGACACUGUCUGUGAUUGAUUUAUUUAGAAUUCAAGGCACACUUAACCAGCAUGGCUACCACAGCAUUCUGCAGCAAUACGCCAUCCCAUCUGGUUUGAUCUUAGUGGGACUAUCAUUUGUUUUUCAACAGGACAAUGACCCAACAGACCUCCAGGCUGUUUAAGGGAUAUUUUACCAAGAAGGAAAGUGAUGGAGUGCUGCAUCAGACGACCUGUCCUCCACAAUCACUGACCUCAACCCAAUUUAGAUAGUUUGGAAUGAGUUGGACCGCAGAGUGAAGGAAAAGCAGCCAACAAGUGCUCAGCAUAUGUGGGAACUCCUUCAAGACUGUUGGAAAAGCAUUCCUCAUGAAGUUGGUUGAGAGAAUGCCAUGAGUGUGCAAAGCUGUCAUCAAGGUAAAGGGUGGCUACUUUGAAGAAUCUCAAAUAUAAAAUAUAUUUUGAUUUGGUUAACACUUUUUUGGUUACUACAUGAUUCCAUACAGUGGGGAAAAAAAGUAUUUAGUCAGCCACCAAUUGUGCAAGUUCUCCCACUUAAAAAGAUGAGAGAGGCCUGUAAUUUUCAUCAUAGGUACACGUCAACUAUGACAGACAAACUGAGAGAAAAAAAAUCCAGAAAAUCACAUUGUAGGAUUUUUUAUGAAUUUAUUUGCAAAUUAUGGUGGAAAAUAAGUAUUUGGUCACCUACAAACAAGCAAGAUUUCUGGCUCUCACAGACCUGUAACUUCUUCUUUAAGAGGCUCCUCUGUCCUCCACUCGUUACCUGUAUUAAUGGCACCUGUUUGAACUUGUUAUCAGUAUAAAAGACACCUGUCCACAACCUCAAACAGUCACACUCCAAACUCCACUAUGGCCAAGACCAAAGAGAUGUCAAAGGACACCAGAAACAAAAUUGUAGACCUGCACUAGGCUGGGAAGACUGAAUCUGCAAUAGGUAAGCAGCUUGGUUUGAAGAAAUCAACUGUGGGAGCAAUUAUUAGGAAAUGGAAGACAUACAAGACCACUGAUAAUCUCCCUCGAUCUGGGGCUCCACGCAAGAUCUCACCCCGUGGGGUCAAAAUGAUCACAAGAACGGUGAGCAAAAAUCCCAGAACCACACGGGGGACCUAGUGAAUGACCUGCAGAGAGCUGGGACCAAAGUAACAAAGCCUACCAUCAGUAACACACUACGCCGCCAGGGACUCAAAUCCUGCAGUGCCAGACGUGUCCCCCUGCUUAAGCCAGUACAUGUCCAGGCCCGUCUGAAGUUUGCUAGAGUGCAUUUGGAUGAUCCAGAAGAGGAUUGGGAGAAUGUCAUAUGGUCAGAUGAAACCAAAAUAGAACUUUUUGGUAAAAACUCAACUCGUCGUGUUUGGAGGACAAAGAAUGCUGAGUUGCAUCCAAAGAACACCAUACCUACUGUGAAGCAUGGGGGUGGAAACAUCAUGCUUUGGGGCUGUUUUUCUGCAAAGGGACCAGGACGACUGAUCCGUGUAAAGGAAAGAAUGAAUGGGGCCAUGUAUCGUGAGAUUUUGAGUGAAAACCUCCUUCCAUCAGCAAGGGCAUUGAAGAUGAAACGUGGCUGGGUCUUUCAGCAUGACAAUGAUCCCAAACACACCGCCCGGGCAACGAAGGAGUGGCUUCGUAAAAACCAUUUCAAGGUCCUGGAGUGGCCUAGCCAGUCUCCAGAUCUCAACCCCAUAGAAAAUCUUUGGAGGGAGUUGAAAAUCCGUGUUGCCCAGCGACAGCCCCAAAAUAUCACUGCUCUAGAGGAGAUCUGCAUGGAGGAAUGGGCCAAAAUACCAGCAACAGUGUGUGAAAACCUUGUGAAGACUUACAGAAAACGUUUGACCUGUGUCAUUGCCAACAAAGGGUAUAUAACAAAGUAUUGAGAAACUUUUGUUAUUGACCAAAUACUUAUUUUCCACCAUAAUUUGCAAAUAAAUUCAUAAAAAAUCCUACAAUGUGAUUUUCUGGAUUCUUUUCCCUCAUUUUGUCUGUCAUAGUUGACAUGUACCUAUGAUGAAAAUUACAGGCCUCUCUCGUCUUUUUAAGUGGGAGAACUUGCACAAUUGGUGGCUGACUUAAUACUUUUUCCCCCCACUGAAUGUAUUAUUUUAUAGUUUUGAUGUGUUCACUAUUAUUCUACAAUGUAGAAAAUAGUAAAAGUAAAGAGAACCUGAGUAGGUGUGUCCAAACUUUUGACUGGUACUGUAUAUAGGCCGGUGGGUUUAGGGUCAUGAAAUAUUGUGUGGAUAAAGGGAGGGUUGGUGACGGGUGGGUUGAAUAAAGAGAAAACAAUACAUGACAAAAAUUGUGCAAUUUAUAUCUAUAGGCUAUAGUAAGGUUUUUCUUUCAUUCUUUUUUAGGCUAUCGGGCAUCAGUGCGUAAGCUUUAAGGCCUAACUUUACGCAUGCCAAAUAGCCUACACACCAAUCACCAAAAACCUUUAGGAAUGGGCAGAAAAAGUAAACCUAGAUCCACUGAGCCAAAAAGGACAAUGUCGGAUUAAAUAAAAAAAACGGAGAGUUGAAAAAGAGAAGGGAGGUCCAGAAAAGUAAUGUUUGGGAAAGAUUUGGCGUAAUGUUAAAAGAGGAUGAUAACAGUGCCUAUGUUAUGUAUUGACCCCUGAGUGGCGCAGUGGUCUAAGGCUGUGCCACUAGAGAUCCUGGUUCGAGUCCAGGCUCUGUCGCAGUCGGCCGCAACCGGGAGACCCAUGGGCGGCACACAAUUGGUCCAGCGUCGUCCAAGGUAGGGGAGGGUUUGGCCGGCAGGGAUGUGGGUUCGUUUCCCACGGGGGGCCAGUAUGAAAAAAAAACGUAUGCAUUCACUAACUGUAAGUCGCUCUGGAUAAGAGCGUCUGCUAAAUGACUAAAAUGAUCAAUGGAAACAGGAUGCACCUGAGUUCAAUUUCGAGUCUCAUAGUAAAGGGUCUGAAUACUUAUGUGAAUAAGGUAUUUCUGUUUUAGAUUUACUAAAAUGUAAAUCUAAAUGUAAUGAAAACUGUUAGGCGCUAUACAAAUUAGACAGUCACAAGAUGGGGACUUCAAAUAGGCCUAUGGCACGUCAAGGGAACUUUAACCUACUGUUCAGAUGGGUUAAAUGGAAACUGAAAUCUGGACACUGACUGUAACCUCUCACAUAUCCUUAAUAUUAACUCCUGCAGAAUCAAGCAUUUCUUGCAGUAAAAUUAUACACCAAAUGUACAUUUUAACUCGGGAACAGGAGUGGAGAAAUGGGAUUUCUUUCUUUCAGCAUCUUGAGAGAAUGCUAAUGCGCAGUUAGAUACGUCUGUAGAGGUGCUAUCUUUAUCAGCAUCAUGAAAGCUGAUAGUAUUUAAACCACUUAAAAUAUGCCUCUAAGCCGAAUUGAAAUCUUAGCAGAAAAAUGUUGGGUUGUUUUCACAACUUUUUAUUUCCUUACAGCAGGUCAAACUGAUGUCAUUUGGAAAUUUUGCACAGAAACCCUUUCCCAUUUCCCCCCACCCCCAUUUUUUGUUGUUGAGAGAUUACUUUUUCUCCCCAGUCCCUAAAUGUCUUUGCUCCUCAAAUGAAGCAUAGAUGACAGAGAGAACUUUACCAAUGUCAAUUAGAUUGAAGCAUUCAUUCUAUAAUUUAUCACAUUCUGGUAAGCAAGGGUUUAUUUAGUCUUCUAUGGCAACAUACAGUAUAAUGACAGAAAAUAAGCUGUAUGUAUCUAAUUAUAGACAAGUUGACUAACAAAUAGCCUACCAAAAUGUCGGAAAAUAGUAGAAACAUCUAAAUUAGGCCCAAAGUAAUCCUGCACCCCCUGUCAAAAAAUUGUUCUGUCGCUGACUGUAGCCUACAGCGCAAUUUCUAUAUAUGUAUAUUUUUAUAAAUUAUUAUUGUAUAAUUUUUUUCUCCCAAUUUCGUGAAAUCAAAUUGGUAGUUACGAUCUUGUCUCAUCGCUGCAACUCCCCAACGGGGUCGGGAGAGGCGAAUGUCGAGAAACAUGACCCACCAAGCCGCGCUGCUUCUUAACACCUGCUCGCUUAACCCGGAAGCCAGCCACACCAAUGUGUUGGAGGAAACACCGUUCAACCUACGACUGAAGUCAGCUUGCAGGUGCCCGGCCCGCCACAAGGAGUCGCUAGAGCGCGAUAAGCCAAGGAAAGCCCUCCGGCCAAACCCUCCCCUAACCCGGACGACACUGGGCCAAUUGUGAACCGCCCUAUCGGACUCCCGGUCGAACCCCAGGCAGUAGUGAUGCCUCAACACUGCGAUGCAGUGCCUUAGACUGCUGCGCCACUCGGGAGGCCCCGCAAUUUCUAUAUUUACGGGUUAGGGUCAGUGUGGGCCUCAGAUUUUCACUUUAUCACAUAUAGUUGCGCUUGUAGAUGGGUUAUUAGCAAUUGCGGGUGGUUGCAGGUGAACAAACAGCUGACCCGCGCACCACUACUGGCAGGUUCUGUGACGCGUUCCUCUUAACUUUCUCACUUCCCAAUCCUUUUCAUGCCAGUGAUCAGAGAGCCACACACAAUGCACCCUCAUCCUCUCUUGGGUAGGAAGCCUGACUGUCCAUUAUAUGAACCUCAAAUAUCCUAACUGAAACCUUACCAAUCAUUCUUGGUUUUAAGAGAACAUCAUCUCUCCUGACAUGUUAAUGGGUUGUGUGAUAGCACUGUGUUAUAGGAAGGUUAUGAACAUCACAUAACUCUUUCAGCGGAUGCUUCAUCAUUAGCAUUCCAGUACGUGAUCCAGUUAUAGCCGUCUGACUCUUGUACAGUAUGUGGUGAGUAUCUUUAGCAUGGACAUGGAAACAUGCAAAAUGGCCUUUGCAUACAGACACUCAAUAUUGGGAUAGAAAUAGCCUUCGAAAGAUAAAGGGCGGAGGACAGAGUAUCCUGAUCUUCCUGGAGAAUAAAAUCAAAUCAAAAAUCAUCAAUUAUUUAAAACAACAGGUGUAGACUAAAAGUGAAAUGCUUAAUUACGGGCCCUUCCCAGCAAUGCAGAGAGAAAAUAUAAAUAAUAUAAAAAUAAUAACAUGAGGAAUAAAUACACAAUGAGUAACAAUAACCUGGCUAUAUACACGGGGUACCAGUACCGAGUCGAUGUGCAGGGGUACGAGGUAAUUUAGGUAGAUAUACAGUGCAUUCGGAAAGUAUUCAGACCGCUUGACUUUUUCCACAUUUUGUUACAUUAUAGCCUUGUUCUAAAAUUGAUUAAAUAAAUGUUUUCCUCAUCAAUCUACACACAAUACCCCAUAAUGACAAAGCGAAAACAGGUUUUUAGACAUUUUUGUAAAAAAAUAAAUAAACAGAAAUACAUUUUUACUUAAGUAUUCAGACCCUUUGCUAUGAGACUCGGAAUUGGAGCUCAGGUGCGUCCUGUUGCCAUUGAUCAUCCUUGAGAUGUUUCUAUGACUUGAUUGGAGUUGACCUGUGGUAAAUUCAAUUGAUUGGACAUGACUUGGAAAGGCACACACCUGUCUAUAUAAGGUGACAGUGCAUGUCAAAGCAAAAACCAAGCCAUGAGGUUGAAGGAAUUGUCUGUAGAGCUCCGAGACAGGAUUGUGUUGAGGCACAGAUCUGGGGAAGGGUACCAAAACAUUUAUGCAGCAUUGAAGAUCCCCAAGAACGCAGUGGCCUCCAUUAUUCUUAAAUGGAAGAAGUUUGGAACCACCAAGACUCUUCCUAAAGCUGGCCGCCCGGCCAAAUUGAGCAAUUGGAGUAGAAGGGCCUUGGUCAGGGAGGUGACCAAGAACCCGAUGGUCACUCUGACAGAGCUCCAGAGUUCCUCUGUGGAGAUGGGAGAACCUUCCAGAAGGACAACCAUCUCUGCAGCACCCCAUCAAUCAGGCCUUUAUGGUAGUGGCCAGACGGAAGCAACUCCUCAGUAAAAGGCACAUGACAGCCCACUUGGAGUUUGCCAAAAGGCACCUAAAGGACUCUCAGACCAUGAGAAACAAGAUUCUCUGGUCUGAUAAAACCAAGAUUGAGCUCUUUGGCCUGAAUGCCAAGCGUCACGUCUGGAGGAAAAUGGUGAAGCAUGGGGGUGGCAGCAUCAUGCUGUGGGGAUGUUUUUCAGCGGUAGGGACUGGAGACUAAUCAGGAUCGAGGGAAAGAUGAACGGAGCAUAGUACAGAGAGAUCCCUGAUGAAAACCUGCUCCACAGCGCUCAGGACCUCAGACUGGGGCAAAGGUUCACCUUCCAACAGUGUGCUUAGGGUCGGGGGGGGGGGGGGGGGGGGGGGGUACUAGUUAUGAAGCUGCCAGGGUACUAUUUAAUGAAGCCUUGCCGUUGAGGACCUGGUGAGGCCGCGUCUGUUUCUCAAACCUAGACACUAAUGUAUUUGUCCUCUUGCUCAGUUGUGCACCGGGCCUCCCAUUCCUCUUUCUAUUCUGGGUUAGAGCCAGUUUGCACUGUUUUGUGAAGGGAGUAGUACACAGCGUUGUACGAGAUUUUCAGUUUCUUGGCAAUUUCUCGCAUGGAAUAGCCUUCAUUUCUCAGAACAAGAAUAGACUGACGAGUUUCAGAAGAAAGUUAUUUGUUUCUGGCCAUUUUGAGCCUGUAAUAGAACCCACAAUUGCUGAUGCUCCAGAUACUCAACUAGUCUCAAGAAGGCCAGUUUUAUUGCUUCUUUAAUCAGCACAACAUUUUUCAGCUGUGCUAACAAAAGCAAAAGGGUUUUCUAAUGAUCAAUUAGCCUUUUAAAAUGAUAAACUUGGAUUAGCAAACACAACAUGCAAUUGGAACACAGGACUGAUGGUUGCUGAUAACGGGCCUCUGUACGCCUAUGUAGAUAUUCCAUAAAAAAUCAGCCAUUUCCAGCUACAAUAGCCAUUUACAACAUUAACAAUGUCUACACUGUAUUUCUGAUCAAUUUGAUGUUAUUUUAAUGGACAAUUCUAAGUGACCCCAAACUUUUGAACGGUAGUGUAUAUAAAAACUUUGGGAGCAAUGCCAUUCUGAAGAUAUUUAUUCUACCUGUAAGAUUUAUGGGAAGAUUGUUCUAUUUAAUUAGAUCCGUUUUCAUAUUGUUGAAUAAUAGGAUAAAGUUAUCUUUACAUAUUUGUUGUUUGUUUUCACUUAUUAAGCAUCCUAAGUAUUUGAUAUAUUUUUAGGUCAACUUAAAGGAUUGCUGUAGAUCAGGAAUUAUACGAUUUCCUAUUGGCAUUAUUUAGUUUUUUUCCCCACGUUACUUUUAUAUCCUGAGAUUUUAGAGUAUUCCGAAAAUAUUUUUAGCAUGCUGGUGCUAAAUUAAUACGUAAUUACUGAUUGUUACCAUGGCAACAGCUUCCAGUUCUUUGCUGUGAGUGAGACAGGGCUGAGAGCUGAGGAAAACUGACUCACGCUUUUAUACGAGGGAAUGUGAAAGAUCAUAUUAAAACUAGAGCCGGUUAUAUAAGCCCUAGGGCCAAAACGCAGCUUAUUUCAACGAAGGACGAAAACUGAGGCAGAUCUGUAUGCAUGAAAUGUGACAAUGCAACAAAAUAUAUGAAAACAAAUUAGGCACUGUGGAGAAGAAUUGAAGCUCUGAGGCCGCCUCAGUAGUCUCCAUUCACAUAACAAGCACCAGGCAGGCAAUAAAAACAUGCAUUGAUGGAAACCUUAAUGAAAAUACCGUGCACUCUUUCUAAGUCAGUAAAAAAAAACAUUGAAUAUUGAGUACUGUAACAAUCACUGACAGAUCCUACCUAAACAAGGCUGAUUUUCAAAAUGUAGAGGGCUACCACUAUACUCUACCGUAGUAAAGAAUGAAGUUGAGAUCACGAUUGAGCUAUCAAGUAGCCUAGCGACUGAAAAUAAGGGAGAGAAUGCAACUGGUGUAGUCAAGCUGUGUGUCAUCUCUAGGUUUCACAGUCGGAGGGCAUAAUUACAUAUUGCUUCAAAGGGAGAAGCUGCUGCUUUCAGGCUUUGAUAUGGGGAAUUAAAAUAUCUCAAUAAGUUGGCUGGUCAGAUAUUUUGCAAACAGCAGCCUUAUGUAAUGAUAGGUCAAGGUAGGGGUAUAAGAGAUAAUAGCUUUUUGUGUUUCUUUCGUGUCCUCAUACAAAGCAUUAAUACAAUUUAAUAGCUCAUUAAUAGCUGACACAAAGACCACAACUUUUAUUUGAAUAAAACAGCGCUCCAAACAGAAGUAUGCAGGCGUAAUUCACUGCUUAUGGCUAACCUUAAAAUCAUUAGCUGACAACUAAAUUCUUCUUUCUGUAGGAUUAUUCCAGCAUUAUGUGCUGUAGGAUGGAGGUUUGGUGCGGGGGCGCUAGGUGAGUGGCUGGUGUGUGUGUGUGUGUGUGUGUGUGUGUGUGUGUGUGUGUGAAUCCUGCAGGGUUGUAUUCACUUAGAACCUAACGGAAGAAAUUAAAGUUAACUAAAAUGUACGCUUAAUUCAGUAUAAACUAUUGUAUAGAAUUGAUUAUACAACAGACAACAUUCACAAAUGCUACAGCACAAAGGCAGAGUCAUGUCUUCAGUAGCGGUGCGUGGGUAAAAUGACUGGGGAAGUCAAGCCAGAAAAAAAAGCCAUAUUACAACCUAUGUGUUGUGAUAAUUGUGUUGUUUGCUCUAUAACCUGUUAGUUCAUAUGCCUUGACACCGUGAUAUAUAGGCCUAAGGCCGAGACAAUAAGACACAAUGGCAGAAUAAAUUCAACCACUGAUUUGUUUCAUUACAAAACCGGAGAGCAACAUCUGUCCGGUGAAGUCCACAAAACAUAUUGCACGUAACAAACAGUUACAUGACCUACAGUCAAGCAAGGUAAUGUUUCUGACAUUUUCGGACUACUAAACAACUAUUUAUUUAGAACCACGUAGAGUUACCGCAAGUUGCAAAGAAAUCUGCCUCCAGUAUUCCAGCACCAUUUUAACUUCAACAUUUCAACAUCAUCUAAUCACUUAUGCUUACAGUGAGGGAAAAAAGUAUUUGAUCCCCUGCUGAUUUUGUACGUGUGCCCACUGACAAAGACAUGAUCAGUCUAUAAUUUUGAUGGUAGGUUUAUUUGAACAGUGAGAGACAGAAUAACAACAAACAAAUCCAGAAAAACGCAUGUCAAGAAUUUUAUAAAUUGAUUUGCAUUUUAAUGAGGGAAAUAAGUAUUUGACCCCUCUGCAAAACAUGACUUAGUACUUGGUGGCAAAACCCUUGUUGACAAUCACAGAGGUCAGACGUUUCUUGUAGUUGGCCACCAGGUUUGCACACAUCUCAGGAGGGAUUUUGUCCAACUCCUCUUUGCAGAUCCUCUCCAAGUCAUUAAGGUUUCGAGCCUGACGUUUGGCAACUCAAACCUUCAGCUCCCUCCACAGAUUUUCUAUGGGAUUAAGGUCUGGAGACUGGCUAGGCCACUCCAGGACCUUAAUGUGCUUCUUCUUGAGCCACUCCUUUGUUGCCUUGGCCGUGUGUUUUGGGUCAUUGUCAUGCUGGAAUACCCAUCCACGACCCACUUUCAAUGCCCUGGCUGAGGGAAGGAGGUUCUCACCCAAGAUUUGACGGUACAUGGCGCCGUCCAUCGUCCCUUUGAUGCGGUGAAGUUGUCCUGUCCCCUUAGCAGAAAAACACCCCCAAAGCAUAAUGUUUCCACCUCCAUGUUUGACGGUGGGGAUAGUGUUCUUGGGGUCAUAGGCAGCAUUCCUCCUCCUCCAAACACGGCGAGUUGAGUUGAUGCCAAAGACCUCGAUUUUGGUCUCAUCUGACCACAACACUUUCACCCAGUUCUCCUCUGAAUCAUUCAGAUGUUCAUUGGCAAACUUCAGACGGGCCUGUAUAUGUGCUUUCUUGAGCAGGGGGACCUUGCGGGCGCUGCAGGAUUUCAGUCCUUCACGGUGUAGUGUGUUACCCAUUGUUUUCUUGGUGAUUAUGGUCCCAGCUGCCUUGAGAUCAUUGACAAGAUCCUCCCGUGUAGUUCUGGGCUGAUUCCUCACCGUUCUCAUGAUCAUUGCAACUCCACGAGGUGAGAUCUUGCAUGGAGCCCCAGGCUGAGGGAGAUUGACAGUUAUUUUGUGUUUCUUCCAUUUGCGAAUAAUCGCACCAACUGUUAUCACCUUCUCACUAAGCUGCUUGGCGAUGGUCUUGUAGCCCAUUCCAGCCUUGUGUAGGUCUACAAUCUUGUCCCUGACAUCCUUGGAGAGCUCUUUGGUCUUGGCCAUGGUGGAGAGUUUGGAAUCUGGUUGAUUGAUUGCUUCUGUGGACAGGUGUCUUUUAUACAGGUAACAAGCUGAGAUUAGAAGCACUCCCUUUAAGAGUGUGCUCCUUACCUCAGCUCGUUACCUGAAUAAAAGACACCUGGGAGCCAGAAAUCUUACUGAUUGAGAGGGGGUCAAAUACUUAUUUCCCUCAUUAAAAUGCAAAUCAAUUUAUAACAUUUUUGACAUGUGUUUUUCUGGAUUUUUUUUUUGUUAUUCUGUCUCUCACUGUUCAAAUAAACCUACCAUUAAAAUUAUAGACUGAUCAUUUCUUUGUCAGUGGGCGAACGUACAAAAUCAGCAGGGGAUCAAAUACUUUUUUCCCUCACUGUAGUCUGAUACAGUGACGACUAAAAGAUGCCAAAAACAAUUUAGUCCAAUCAACGUAAGCUAAAUAUGAUGUGGCUGUCCAUGGGACUGAUUUCUGUGUGUGUGUGCAUGCAAGUAGAAAAACAUGUUGACUCGCCCUACUUGUAGAGAAAUGCAAAUGUCAUCCUCCUCUUUCAUGUUGCCUAAACGGUCUAUGACUCUGUCAUACAGUACACGCUUUUAGUUUUUGUUGUGCUAGGUGACCUGGCUAAAAUGCUUGCUAGCUAGCCUAACUUCCUUUCAUGGGCAACGUUGUGCCAGGCCAGCUAGUUAACAUUAGUAUACCACAUCUAGCUACAUGUUGAACUUCCAUCCUCUCAGGCCUGGGGCAUAAUGUAUUAAUUUAUGGUUGCAUCAGAAUCGCCGUUAUAAUAAUUGGCUAGUACAGAGAAUUAAGUAAAACCACAAGUCCAAAUCCCUAUCACCGGUUGGGUUAAUUUGCGGAAGACACAUUUCAGUUGAACAACUGACUAGGUAUCCCCCCUUUCUUUCUUUUUUUUUUCUAAUUUAGGAAAGGGACGAUUUUUUAGCAACAAUUCAAGUGUUUUCUGUCAAUGACGUUUGGCUUCUGAUGUGAUUGGUCUGAAGCCAAAUCCAAACUGGCUUCCCUUGACACUUGUUUUUCGGGCACCAGGACCAUUCACAGCUGAGCUCACUCAGUUUAGCUCAACGCUGAUUGGCUAUUAUUUUAUUAAAAAUUUAUUAAGGGAGGCCAAAUGCUCACUGGCUUCCCUUGCAUUCAAUGCUACAGGUGGCAACAAUGUCAUACUCUUUUUGACCAGACAGCAUCAGAUAGAUAAGCUACAAAUACCGAGACAGAGGGGCACUGUUUCAUUCGCUCGGAUGCAUUCUCCAGUGAGAUACUGGAUGUACAUUCAGCCCUUUGUAAAUUGAAGGAAAUGUAUGAAACGCAGCGAGACGAAAGAUACAUUAUUUUGUAUGUUCGUUGUUUGGCUUGCCUUUUUUGUCAUUUUACUACUCUGACAGAAUCGUCUCUAUUUCUGCUCAUGAGUGAAUCAUUCUUAUUCAGCAUGAUGAGGUAGAGGGAUGCUGCGACUGCUGUUGUUCCUCUGUAAUAUGCAACGUUGCUUUGUGUCUUUCAUACCCAGCCAUCUUGGUGUUGCUAAAUUGGCCCAAUCUGCCUAACAAUCCUUGAAGUCUGUUGGUGAUACAUACUGUAACUGAUACCAUGAUGCCCUGGCACCGAUGUCACUGAAGAAUGUCCACAGUGACCAGCCAAGUCCAUUUCUAUUUGAUAUAGACCUACAGCCCCUUACAAUGGAGAUACUUCCCUCUUUAAAACCUAGUGUAUCAUAAACAAAUGGUUAAAUGAAUGGUAGAAGAAGGGUAUUACAGGGGUAAUAAGGUUCUGCAAUUAAACAUAAGGCCGAUCUGAGAAGAAGUAGAGAUUUGAUAUCCCAUAGCCACCAGAGUAGUACUAUGCAGGUACUUUUUUUCCAGCCAUCUCAGAGCCUAGAUAUCUUUGAUGUUGACAGCUCACUCUUAGAGCGACUAGCUCAGUUGUUGUAGGCGAAAGUCUCAGAGCUAGAAGUCCGAUCACAUUCAUGCAUGACCACCGCUAGUCCAUUAUGGCAGGCCAUUUGUUUGCAGCCUAUUUGUAUGCAGGCUGGUGGAUAGUACAGUGCCCCAGUCCUAAUUGUCUCACAGUCUACUGAACCUGCACUCAACCACGCUCUGAAAAGGGCCAGAGAGCUCAAAGGGGAGUGUGGUUGUGGUUUGUUUCAAGUAACCUUUCAAAUCCAAAAUGGUUAAAAAAAUAAUAAUAAUAAUAAUCAGAUUGAAGCACAUCUUGCCAUUAGGGUUCUCUUUACCACUUUAAGGGUGGGUCAGGAGUCUGGACCCAGUGCUGGAACUAGUCCUUGGGUCAACUAGCUAUAAAGCCUGGUUUGUGGUUAUAAACAUGGCUCUGUCUAUUUGGUGUGUAAUAAAGUUCAAAAGGCUUUAUGUGGGUGACUAUGCAAAAAAUAAAGUUUGUUGUGACAAUAGAACUAGAAACAAUGAGAAUAGUUUCCUCCCGUCUUGCACCUCAAACCGUUGGCUGAGUUGAUGGCAGUGAACACGAGUCUUGGUUGAACUAACACCAACGAUGUUAUGUCGAUUGUAGCCUCACAGGAGGAAAUGGACCAGGGAGUGCAGUGGAAAAGCCGAAGUGCACACUAAAAGAGAGGAAGUGUUGCACAACAGAAAGUGGUGUGUGUCUGUGGCCGCUGUGGCUCCCCAUUUCUAUCAGACUGCUGCAACGUUGCCCUCAAGAAAACCAGUCUGCAAGAGAAUCACAAAGGGCUGCACUUGUGACUGACUAGCCACAGUUGGUGUCCAACAAAUUCUCAACCUCUGGUAACAUUGUAUUCAUGUGGCCGGUAGUGUUAAAAGUGUUCGGUAAUCUAUUGAUCGGUGCGAUGCAUGGUCGAUAAACAAGGUCCUAGAGGUUGGAAAUGUUUGUUGUGGCCACGUGAAUUGCUGGACCUGCUUACGUGAUGAUUGGACCAGAGGUAGGCCGAGAGGAAUAUCGAAAGUUGAAUAUUGUUCAGGUUAAGUUUUGUCGCCAAAAGGUUUUGACUUUGAAGGAACAAGAAAAUGAGAUGAAAGACUUUAUUGUAUCUGUUUUGAGAGGACGAUAUGACUUCACUCAGACUCAUUUAACAUGUGUUUUCAGAACCCGAUCUCCGCUGGAGGACUGUGACCUUGGCCAACCGCCAGGCUGGGCCUCCUUCCUCCUGACUGACACCUCCAGAGAGCUUCUUCUGCUGGUUAGUAUCAACACAAAGUUGCCCCUAGAUGCUGAUCUUGGGUCAGUUUAGCAUUUUCAACACUAAUGGUUAAUAUUAGAAUUGGGGGAGGGGGAAGCUGAUUCUACAGUAGUUCUGUGCCUAGGGGAAACUUCACCCCUGGAGCUAUCAACACCUACUGCUGUCAUGUUCUGACUCAUCUAACCUGAGGUUUCAACUGCAAGACCACAGCAAAACAUGCUAUCUGCUACAAGGCCUUUCUAUCUGUAAAACAAUUUAGUGGAACUUCAGCAAUAAGACAAGCAUUGUCUUUUUAACUGAGGUCAUUCUUAAGCAUUGUUUUUCUCUCAAUUUCAAUUGUAAUUUUUUCCUUCAAGUUCCUGUUGGGAUUAUUUGGAGCUAGAAGAAUGCUUGCGUUUCACUUUUUCCCCAUCAGGGUCACGAUGUGUACACGGUUUGUGUAAUGCUGGUAUGGAAAUGAAGUGCAUUGUGGGCUGUGGAAUGGGUCUGUGUAAUGUGAGUGCCUCAACUUCCUGCUCUGUUCUCCAAGGCCGGGUGGCGGUGCUGCUUAUCUAACUAGGGUCGUCACAGGGUCACCGGCGGUUGUCUGACCUCACAGAAGUGAAGCUGGCAGCCAAGACAGUCAAGUGUUUGAACGUGUUCUCGACUACAAACAAGAGCUUAGUCCAGGGGGCUUAGGUCUCAAUGUUUUUCUGUCUGAUUAAUAGAUACAGUUUGGCCGGGUUGAUGUCUGAACAUUUGUGAUUAAACUGUUUAUUUUUGUAAUGCUAGUGUAGUCGAUGUGAAAUGGCUAGCUUGUUAGUGGUGUGCUCUAGUAGUGCUCAGUCGGUGACGUCACCUGCUCUGAGACCUUAAAGUAGUUGUUGCAGCUUUUGUAGUUAUCGCGGCUUUUGUGGAGUGACAGAUAACAAUGCUUUGUGGGUGACAGUUGUCAAUGUGUUCAAAGGGUCCCAGGUUCACUAGGUAACACUUUCACUAGGUCCCUGACCCCUUACACAUUCAGUAUUUUGUGCUGUUAUAUCAAAGGUAAGGUGUUCUUCUGUGGAAGCUUAUGCGUCUGUUGUGUCUGAAUCUGGCUGUAUCCAGAUGGAGGUUUUCACCGUUGUUUCCUGUAGCACCUCACCUACACAACAAGCCCUAACCUCAUAUAAGCCUAGAAUCUUCCACAGCUACACAACAAGCCGUAACCAUAUCUAAGCCUAGAAUCUUCCACAGCUCAGAGACACUGGUACAGUCAGCAUUAGAAAUGGGUAUCUAUGACUGAGUGACAACAUCAUUCCUUUCUCCUAUAUUUCCUGCUUGUGGCAUUUUCCCACCCCUUUUUAUAUUUUCCCUACAGUCUCCUUGGAGUCCGUUACCAUGGCGUGGUGGCUGAGCUGUCAAUCUUGGGCCUAAUCAGAGAUGUCAUAGCACACUGCUACAUCACCUGCCCACCUCACCCACUCACCACAGCUUCCUAGCUGUUUGUCUGAUACAGCUGCAGACAAUCCAAGGCAAGCAGUCUAGGACUAAAUAAGCCAAUUUCAUUUAAUAUGUUUUGUGUGGUGGGUCAUUCUAUGACGGCUUUAACCACCAGGAAAAACACUUUAAAAAAGUGUCAGAUAAUGACACUUAUUUUUGUUUUAAUUGAUGUGUUUUAUUGUUAAUAAAACAUAUGUAAGACAUUUAUAUUGCAAACCAUUAAAAAAUAUAUUUAUACAGUAUAUUGUAGAACACGGUCAGUACCAUGAAAUUGUCUUGAGUCCUGGUUUAGUGACAUAUUUUGAGACGUGGUUUAGUGGCAUAUUUUGAGUACACAUUUUUAUUAUGUCAUAAUGAAAACAAAUAUACUAAAUAUAAACAACUAUUUACAGGAAAUAGCUCAGCUGUCUUUCAAUUCCAUUUCACCGGUAUUACCACACCAUUUUCAAACCCAGAGGUGCAACAUCGAAAUACUUCCAGGAACGCUUGCGAAACAGACCAAACAGACGAGGCCGGGGUUUGGGGUUUGAGAAGUCAAUGAGAGAAGUGAAAAAUUCUUCCUUAGUUCUUAUAUUUCUCAUAAUCGAAAGGCACAACCUAGAUUCGAGCCAAUGUCUUAAGUAGUUGAACAUGUUAUUACUCCAACCUCGUGAAAGUGACAAACUGACACGUUUUCAUUUUCGUCCAAAACAACUUUAUAUCAAAGGAGUGCCUUUGAUUUGAUGGCCUGCACAUGCACAGUUUGGCGUGAGAUGACUGUUAGACCCAAUGACGUGUUUCUACGCAUGAGCUAAGCAAGUCAACCUUCGCCAUGACCUCACCUACAAGUGUGAUCGGGGAUUUCUAUUAGAGAAGCAGUUUUCGUCUAUCUUCAGUGGUGGAAAAAGUACCCAAUUGUCAUACUUGAGUAAAAGUAAAGAUACCUUUUAAUAGAAAAUGACUCAACCAGUAAAAUACUACUUGAGUAAAAGUUAAAUAUAUAGUUUUAAAUAUACUUAAGUAUCAAAAGUAAAUGUAAAUGCUAAAAUAUAUUGAAGUAUCAAAAGUAAAAGUAAAAAUCAUUUCAAAUUCCUUAUAUUAAGCAAACCAGACGGCACAAUUUUCGGCACAAGGCAUUUGUGUUUAGUGAGUCCGCCAGAUCAGAGGCAGUAGGGAUGACCAGGGAUGUUCUCUUGAUAAGUGCAUUGAUUGGACCAUUUGCCUAUCCUGCUAAGCAUUCAAAAUGUAAGGAGUACUUUCGGGUGUCAGGGAAAAUGUAUGGAGUAAAAAGUACAUUAUUUUCUUUAGAAAUGUAGUGGAGUAAAAGUUGUCAAAUAUAAAUAGUAAAGAACAGAUACCCCCAAAAACUACUUAAGUAGUACUUUAAAGUAUUCUUACAUAAGUACUUUACAUCACUGCCUAUCUUCAUGCUGUCUUUGGACAAGUCUUGUGUUUGUAAUGCAAGAGGAGGAGAGCCUUUCUCUCGUCAGAGAUCGCAUUUAUUUUUUGAGAUUGCAAAAAAUGACCUUUUCAUUCAAGACAGUAACAGCCAAUGUGUAUUUGGAAUGGGUAUAUAUAGGAAUGGGUAAUUGUUUACAAGUUGCUAAGGAUCCCAUAAAGCCAUCACUGAUAACCACAUAUUUUCAUCUUCUUCUGUGGUUUGGUAACUUCCUGUUCUUUGACAGACUCUGGCUGGGCUGAAGAAGACACAAAGUUUGGAAAAUUCUAAAGUGUGCGGCGUCUGUCGCGCAACGGAGCCUUCAAGGGGGCGUUGCUAUUCCAGUCCAUUGUGGCUGUCCCAUUUGAAAUGCAUGACAUCCGGCGCAACGUUACACCUCAAUCAGACCGACAGUGUUUUGCGUCAACGCAGCUUAAUAAAUUCUGCAGUCACAUUUUUUAUUAUGUAAACAUUUUUAGUGGAUAUGUGUCCAACAAAAGUUCAACAUUCACCUUUUGCUACUAUUUCUGUCAGGUCUACACAUACAAUUUGAUGCGUACAUUGGAUAAAUCCAACAAAUGCACCACACAGAACGCACUGCAAGCAAUGCUGUAAGUUAAACGCAGCAUUCCAAUGGAAAUUAAUGUACUUCUGGUGUGCCAAAACGCAAUAAUGCUGUUGGUCUGAUCGAGGUGUAAGAGGUGUUGUAACAUAGCCUGAGGUAAAGAUUUUUAUUGCAGCGCUGGUAAAAAAAAUAAAACUAGGCAAUAGUGCCACCAGGUGGUGAUGGAGAAUAUCAGGUAUAACCUACAUUUUAAAGAUCUUGAGAUAUGAUGGGUUGUGCAUUUUAAUAGUUUGUGCAAAUAGGUUUAUUAAUAUGUUUAUUGUAGCUUUGCUUACUGCCUCCAUGGUUUAGGCCUAUUUUACAUGCUGAGUGUAGUCCAGCACUCUCUGUCGAUUACGGCUCUUUGGCCUUGGAAUCUUAUGGAAGCACUGUAGACAACACUACAACAUAGCAAAUAUUUAUUCAAAGCAGACUUGUGGAUUGUUUUGAUGAAGGAGAUUUAUAGAUUUUUUUAUUUGCUGAGAACAGUACCUGAAGGCGUUUUACCAUGUAAAAAUAUAAAUUACUUUUUUUUCUGCAAACAAAUGGCCCCACAUCCCCAUGCAUAGGCAAUGGGAGAUGAUAUGUCUGUCUGUCUGGUGGGUGAUAUGCAGAGGGGUUUGAUGUGUCAGCCAAAGACCCUAUUUUCUCCACUGACUGUUCUAUUAUUUAUGUUCCUGUAGGGUUAACAUGCUCUUUACGUCGGCAACCUCCGUUCCCCUGAGCAUCACACCAGCUGCGCUCACUCUCUCUCUCUCUCUCGCUCUCUGUUUCUCUGCCUCUGCUCUCUGUCUAUCUCUUCUGUUGAUCUAGUAGACGUCUGUCUGUUUUGUAGGGCAGGCCAUAUAAAUUACAAUAUCACUGUAAAAGUGCAACUGCCCAAAUGAAUGUUGCGUUCUUCCUGUUGCUCUCAAAAUGGCACAAGGUGGCGCCCUAACCCAAUUAUUUGACACUAGUCCCCCUUAACCCUUGAUGCAGUACAUGGCAAGAUGUUUGCUAAUCUGAGGGGUUACUGCAAUGUUUGAGAGCUGAGGAGAUGUCCCUAUUUUAGAGGAUGGGCUGCAGCAUGCAUGACAAGAUGUCAAACAUUCUGUGCUCUCCAAGGCUUUGAGACCCAACUCAGUUGGUAGAGCAUGGCGCUUGCAACACCAGGCUUGUGGGUUCAAUUCCCGCUGGGGCCAUCCAUAUGAAAAUGUAUGCAUGCAAGUUAUGCUAAUUAAUCCAAAGUGGUUUUAGUAGAAAGAUACUCCACAUUAUGCAUGUAAAUGCUAUGGCAACAUUUCAAUGUCAAGGUUGAUGCAUGUGUAAUUAUGAUUUUGGAAUGUUUUAAUUUGAUAUAUGGUUAGCUUAGUCCAGGGGGAAAUUAAACUGUAGACCCAAAUAUGUGGGAAAUGAAGACAGCUGUUAAAGGACAUUGAUUGAGAUAUUUAUCUUAGUUUGUUGCGGUACCUAAAGGAUUUGUAGCUGAAGCUGGCAUGUGUAAUACCACUAGCAUGGUUCAGAGUUUGGGAGUGGUCGCUCUUCCUCCUCAAGGUCUUCUAUAUACUUCUGUCCAUCACCUCCAGAGGGCGCUCAAUGCAUUCUAAAUAGAGAUACCAGUACGUCUGUACCGAUAUCCGUCAUCUCCACAAACCUCAGCAAGCUCCACUGUGCCCCACCUUUAAUCUUGUGAGGGUUAAAAAAAAGUAACAUACUGAAUCUAUGUUACUUAAAUGUGCAGUGUACUGUAUGUGCUUUUCAUAAAAAAAUGUAAUACACUGUCUCCAAGAGAUGCUGAUAUAUAGGCCUAUAUUCUACCGCCUAUAGAGUGUGAUACAGUAUGACUCAGACACAGUCAAAAGGUAAUUUGUGUAGUGUUAGUUUGGGGCUGUUUGCAGGGGGGUAGAAAGACGUGACAAGGGAUUGAGCUGGGGAGCUGCCUGCGACAUGUGACCUACGACAUGCAGCCUGUGCCCCCCUUCACCCCCACCCCUCACUAACUACCACUCCACAGGCAAGAGUUGGAGAAGGAUUCAAGGUCAGGGUGGAGGAUUUGGGGCUGUGGGGAAGUGCUGCUCUCUGCCCAAUUACACCCUAUGUUAUAGCUGUCUGCUUGGAUAGGUCAUAGAAAGAGAAAUUGGUGUGCUCAGCUCAAAUGUUUGUAGUAACAAAAAGUAUUUGGGUGCCGGGUUCAAAAGGCAUAUACUUGAACAAAGGAAAAACCCAUGACUCACAUCAACACCAUCAUCCCGGAAACCCUAGACCCACUCCAAUUCGCAUACCGCCCUAACAGAUCCACAGAUGACGCAAUCUCAAUUGCACUCCACACUGCCCUUUCCCACCUGGACAAAAGCAACACCUAUGUGAGAAUGCUGUUCAUUGACUACAGCUCAGCGUUCAACACCAUAGUGCCCACAAAGCUCAUCACUAAGCUAAGGACCCUGGGAAUAAACACCUCCCUCUGCAACUGGAUCCUGGACUUCCUGACGGGCCACCCCCAGGUGGUAAGGGUAGGCAACAACACAUCUGCCACGCUGAUCCUCAACACUGGGGCCCUUCAGGGGUGCAUGCUUAGUCCCCUCCUGUACUCCCUGUUCACCCACGACUGCGUGGCCAAGCACCACUCCAACACCAUCAUUAAGUUUGCUGACGACACAACAGUGGGACAGCCUAUAGGGAGGAGGUCAGAGACCUGGCAGUGUGGUGCCAGGGAAACAACCUCUCCCUCAAUGUGAGCAAGACAAAGGAGCUGAUCGUGGACUACAGGAAAAGUGGGCCGAACAGGCCCCCAUUAACAUCGACGGGGCUGUAGUGGACAUAAAAACUAUGAAAUAACACAUAUGGAAUCAUGUAGUAACCAAAAAAGUGUUAAACAAAUAAAAAUAUAUUUUAUAUUUGAGAUUCUUCAAAGUAGCCACCCUUUGCCUUGGUGACAGCUUUGCACACUCUUGGCAUUCUCUCAACCAGCUUCACCUGGAAUGCUUUUCCAACAGUCUCGAAGGAGUUCCCACAUAUGCUGAGCACUUGUUGGCUGCUUUUCCUUCACUCUGUGGUCCGACUCAUCCCAAACCAUCUCAAUUUGGUUGAGGUCAGGGAAUUGUGGAGGCCAGGUCAUAGUCCCACUAAGCCCAAACCAGAUGGGAUGGCGUAUCGCUGCAGAAUGCUGUGGUAGACAUGCUGGUUAAGUGUGCCUUGAAUUCUAAAUAAAUCACAAACAGUGUCACCAGCAAAGCACCCCCACACCAUAACACCUCCUCCUCCAUGCUUUACGGUGGGAAAUAUACAUGCGGAGAUCAUCCGUUCACCCACACCGCGUCUCACAAAGCCACGUGGUUGGAACCUAAAAUCUCAAAUUUGGACUCCAGACCAAAGGACAUAUUUCCACUGGUCUAAUGUCCAUUGCUCGUGUUUCUUGGCCCAAGCAAGUCUCUUCUUAUUAUUAUUGGUGUCCUUUAGUAGCAAUUCGACCAUGAAGGCCUGAUUCACGCAGUCUCCUCUGAACAGUUGAUGUUGAGAUGUGUCUGUUACUUGAACUCUGUGAAGCGUUUAUUUGGGCUGCAAUUUCUGAGGCUGGUAACUCUAAUGAACUUAUCUUCUGCAGCAGAGGUAACUCUGGGUCUUCCAUUCCUGUUGCAGUCCUCAUGAGAGCCAGUUUCAUCAUAGUGCUUGAUGGUUUUUGCGACUGCACUUGAAGAAACUUUCAAAGUUCUUGAAAUUUUCAGGUUUGUCUGACCUUCAUGUCUUAAAGUAAUGACGGACUGUCCUUUCUCUUUGCUUAUUUGAGCUGUUCUUGCCAUAAUAUGGACUUGGUCUUUUACUAAAUAGGGCUAUCUUCUGUAUACCCCCUGUACCUAGUCACAACACAACUGAUUGUCUCAAACGCAUUAAGAAGGAAAGAAAUUCCACAAAUUAACUUUUAAGAAGACACACCUGUUAUUUGAAAUGCAUUCCAGGUGACUACCUCAUGAAGCUGGUUGAGAGAAUGCCAAGAGUAUGCAAUGCUGGCAUCAAGGCAAAGAGUGGCUAUUUGUAGAAUCCCAAAUAUAAAGUAUAUUUAGAUUUGGUUACUACAUGAUUCCAUAUGUGUUAUUUCAUAGUUUUUAUGUUUUCACUAUUCUACAAUGUAGAAAAUAGUAAAAAUAAAGAAAAACCCUUGAAUGAGUAGGUGUUCUAAAACUUUUGACCGGUAGUGUAUAUUAUUUACAUUCAUUAUUUACAUAAAAUGUUCUACUAUUUUCCACAAGAGCUUCAAAAUAAAAAUAAACAAAGAAAUGCGCACCUGUUGUUGCUCACAGGAAGCAACCUAACAGAAGUUCUUCAUUCAGGCCUCUAGGGCUCUCUGUAAGGAAGGCAUGGAUAUAAAAUGCCUCUCUCUGUAACAGCAACUUUUCUCUAUCACCUCCUCUCUUAAGUGGCAGUACAACAACUAAGCCCUGGAACCUCAGUUGGCUCACAUCAUGUCCCCACAUUAAAGUGUCUGGCUACAGGAGCCUUCUCGUCACUAGUUCUCAUGUUGCUCGUGGGAAAAAAAUCGUAAAGAAUAUUUCUGUCAGUGCAGGUUUUUUCUUUCUUCAUGCAUGGAGAGGUCACCAGGUCUUAUCCACAGCACUGCAGUGAUCCCCAGGUUGUUCUGUCUUUAUGGACUGUACUACCUCAACCACUCUGAGAGAGUUAAAGGGGCAAUCUGGGAUUGGUACAUACAUUUUUUGACUUUUGAAUUAAUGAUAUAGGUGUAGCCAUUGCUUCUUGAAGAAUAGGGCCAUAACUGUUUACCAAAAAAGUGCCGGGGUGCCACUUGGUUGUUGUUUGAAUCCCAGAUUGCCGCUUUAAUUACAUAUUUAUUACAUAAACAUUUGAUAAUUAGGUUUAUUACACGAUAUCAAGUCAAGUGUACAAUGGGCUACAGUUUUUAGAUAAUCCUUUUGGAGAGUAGCUCAUUUGAAAUGAUUCUGUUGGUCUCUUUUAUGAUGGUGAGGCAUCAGUAUCUCUCAUCACUGACGGUGUGUGCUUGAUGAGGAAAUAUGUAUUGAUGAAACUGAUGAAAAUGUGUUCGUUUCAAAAGCCCUUUCUCUGUCCUCUGUAUCAAUAGAGCCCUGUUCUAAUGUGUGUGUGUGUGUGUGUUCCCAACAAUGCAGAGUUAAAAAGUAAGACAAUUGUUUUAGUAUAGUUGUGACAACCAGAAGUCCUCACAACAAUGGUCAACCAAGGAAAAUUCAGAGAAGUGAGGCUAUUUGGCUGGUCCUCACUUCUAAAAAGGCUAUUUUAGGGUUAGGAGUAAAAGUUCGUUUUAGGGUUAGGAGUUAAGGUUAGGGCUAAGAUUACGGUAAAAAGUCCUCACAAGUAUAGUAAUACAAAGUUGUGUGAGCGCGUGUGUGUGUGAGCGCGCGUGUGUUUGUGUGUGUGUGUGUGUUUGUGUGUGUGUUGUGUGUGUGUGUGUGUGUGUGUGUGUGUGUGUAGCUGACUGUAGUGGAUUCCAUGGUUUCUGGCUUUGAUCAGGUGCAGUCCAUAGAGUAGGGCUUAGCUGAAUCUCCUGGUUUCAUCCCCCCAGUUUUCUCUCUGUGAUUUCUGCUGCUUUGGUUGGUUGCUUUGGAUUUCAAAGGUUUAUUUUUAUCUUCAAAUAUGCAGUUUUUUUUUUUGAUGAAUUGUAGUUUGCCUCAAUAAUCUGAUGAGUGUUGAAUUGUAAAAGUAGUAGGCUACAUUGUGAUGCAAAACGGGAGAUAAAACGUGUGCAUUGACUGCAGUAAUGCUCCUCGUGGGGAGGUGCUGCAUGCCAGCCCCAUUUUGGGAAGUGCUCCCCCAUUUUCUGCCUGUCAUUUCGGACCGGGCCUGGCCGACUGGGCUAAUGCGAUGUGGCUUGUCACCCGGAGAAUCUAGGUCAAGUUUAAAGCUGCCUCCCUCUCUACUGCAUCAACCCCCCCCCCCCACACACAAAAUACACCCCCACAUAUUAUAGUCACAUAUUGUAGACACACAGCAUACAUCCUUAUCUAAAUACACAUUUUUAGCAUUUCAAUCAAAUAUACGCACUUAUACAUUUGUACGCACACACACAAACUCUCUCCCCAUCCACCCUCGAAGCCCCAACGUGAGUUCACAGCCUCUCCACGGAAGUCUGGGGAGGGAGGGAGGGCGUUGUUUUUCCCAAUGGCUGGGCAUCACUGCCGUAGUAAGAAUGGGUUGGCACAUGGAUCCUCACGCUGCUGCAGAAAGAGGGAAUAGUGUAGUAGUGGAAUGUCAGCACGAUCAUCCCCCUGCAGCCCUGAGCUGUUUUUCUUGGACUUUGCUACAGACCCGGAGCCUCAAGCCCAGGAGUGUUUUGGGGCGUUUCCACUGUGGGUGGUGUGUGUCUGUGUGACUAGGAAUGACAUCCCGGGGUCACCAUGUUCAAUGGGCGUGGCACUGAAUAUUAGGGUCUUCAGGGCUGAUGCCGAGAUCUCAUCACUCAUCAUGUUGUUGUUCCUCCACUGUUUCAUUCUCCUAGGCUGUGCCAGUCCGCUCUCAAAUAAGAAAAAAUAAGAAAUAUAUUUUGCAUACAGGAAUAUUGUCAGAAUGAAUAUUUGUCAUUUAGAUGUAUUAAUUUUUUUGAACAUGACAGCUAUUUGGCCAAAACCAAGUUGCAUUUUGCUUUAGGGAAAUGAUUCACUUAAUGCUGGAUGCUGGAAAAAACAUUCCUUCACUGCCUGUUCACCAGUUCCCCUCGCUCCCCUCCUAAUCCACCGUUUUUUGGCGCAUUACCUCAUCUGUAUUAAUAUAUUCAUGUACUUUCAAGUCUUACUACUACUGUACCAUCUCUCUCCAAGCUCGCCUCUGAUUGGCUGCCCGCUUGUUUUUAACGGCACCAGCUUUUUUUGAGUCCAUGGAUACAGCGCAUGGUUGGGCAGUAUGGCUUAGCCAAUUGGAGAGCGUCGUUGGGCAUGCGGUUGUAAAGCAGUGCUGCCUGGCCCUCUCUGAGAGCACGUGAUCACCCAGUGAGGGUGUCCAAAACAAAAACAACUACACCCUGUCCACGGGGCCGCGGCUCCCACUGACACAUCAGAACCUCCAAUACCAAGGAAGGGGCGCAAAACCACCCCCCUCCUGUCUCUUCUCUUGCAUUCCUCCACUCUCAGCACUUUGAAUAUUCCACUCCUCUUCAUCUCACACCCCCAUGAUUUAGAGCAAUGGAUCAUUACCAUGAACCUUUACCAUAACCAUUUCCCAUUUAUCACUGGUGCAUACACUUUGGCUCAAAAUAUAAACAUUUUCAUUUUCAAUGUACGAGUAGAAGUUUGAUAUAUAGCCUUUUUAGUUAGCAUUAAUAGGUUUAGCUUUUAAUUAGGUUUGAAUGAGAACCUGGGGGUCUGUAAUUAAACCGUUUAAACCUGUCCUCAUUUCAUCUCUCAUUAGGUUUUCCAUAAGCUGGAGGAUCUUCUCUUGGACUUUGAAAUGCGAAGCCGAAGCCACCACAAAUCCCCGUCCUUAAAAUGACCUCAUUGUAGACUGGGCGAGAGCGAUGGAGCUGUGGGCCUUUGAUGCUGGGUGCCUGGUGCUGCCCAUGUUUAGCUCUCUGAGCCUGGUAGUGGCACAAUGCCUCAUACUACUCCGCUCAGUCACUCUGCCUCUCUGAUAGGGGGCAGUAGAGGACUAGGGGAGAAGCAUUGGGAAGGCCUAUUCAUUCAACAACAUGGUGACGUGACUUCACCCCUUCCCCUCCAUAUGAGGAUAAUCAACGAGGUGCUCCUGACGACCGGGUGCUUUCGCUCUCCGAGGCUGAUGUGAGGAAAACUCUCAAAAGAUUGAAUACCAGCUGACCAGCUGGUGGGCGUCUUUUCGGACAUCUUCAACUGGUCUCUGUAGACCCCACCUGCUUUAAGGAAACCACCAUCGUCCCAGUGCCCAAGAAAAACCAGGUGACAUGCCCAAAUGACUAUCGCCCUGUUGCACUCACCUCGGUCAUCAUGAGGUGCUUGGAGAGGCUGGUCGUGACCCACAUCAAGGCCAGCAUACCAGGCACGCUGGACCCACUCCAUUCUGCCUACCGCUCCAACAGAUCCACAGAAGAUGCCAUUUCCAUCACGAUACACACGGCCGUAACACAUCUGGACAAGAGGAACACCUAUGUGAGAAUGCUGUUCAUUGACUACAGUUCAGCAUUGAGGUGCAUGAGGUCUGAUACCAACAGGCUCAGAGACAGUUUCUAUCUACAAGCAAUCAGAUUGCUGAACAUUUGAACUGGACUGACCACCUGCUCUGAUUCUCCGUACCUUAGCAUAAAUCACAACUGCUGCUACCAGACUCUUAUUGUAAUGCUAAAUUUAUACACUUGCCUGCCAUCCCUCCCACUCCCCAAUUCACAUGUAAAUAUUAUACUAUAAAUUGUGGAUUCCUGUAUUAUACUUAUGCUAAAAUAUUUAUUAUAUUCUACUGUCAUUUACUUUGUUUGUAUUAUUUUUUACUAUUUCUUAUUGUUGUUGCAUUGUCGAGAAGUAACCUUCAAGUAAGCAUUUCGUUGGACGAAGUAUACCAUGUGUAUCCCGGACAUACGACUAAUAAAACUUUUCCGCCCUUCUUUUCCCUUCUAGCGCUGUCAUCUCUCCUGUCUGUCCGCUACCUGUCUGGCUACCACCAGUAUAAGGGAGUAGGAAGGUAGCCAGUGAGGUGUCUGGGUGUAGCAGCUGCAUUCAGGUCAUGUUAGUGGAGACUGUUCUGAAAGAGCCAGGCAUGGCAGGAGGCAGGUGGCAGGAGGCAGGUGGGUGUGCCCCAGAUGGGCAGUGGGUCACAUGGAAACUGGGUCAGUGAGUGCAGGGAGAGGGAGAGAUCAUUAAUGAAAGUUGCAGGGAGUACUAGUGUACAGGCAAAGACAAUGUGUCCUCGAUGCCUCCUUCAAAUGAUUACACCAAGACUUGUUUAAAAGGAUAAUACUUGUAUUUAUUCAUCAUGACUUAUUCAACCACAAGAAGGAAAAAUGUAGUGACUAGCCAAUAGCUUUAUCUUGUCUCUAGUCAUCACUUUGUCAAUUACCUUGCUUCUGCACUCAUUCACUGGAAAUUAUUUUCUACUUGUCACUGAGCUUCACUCUGUCACUAAGCUUUACCUUGACUUUAACCUUAAUCAGCCUACUCAGGUUUACCAGUACUCACUCAGCCACUGAGUUUGUUUUAACCUGCCACCAGAAAUCAGAGUAUUUACCCUGUCACCAAGAUUGAAUCUCUCAGCCAUCUCCACCUGUCACAAGGUGUCUUCAGUCUAGCUCAGUGUCACUACUAGCCAGCAACAGCACUUAAAUGUCCAAGAAAAUGUACCUUCAGGGACAAUCAAGUUUUUCUUAUCUUCUCUCUACCUCGGAUCCAAUGCCAUUUCCUGAUCCAAUGCCAUUUCCUGAUCCAAUGCCAUUUCCUGAUCCAAUGCCAUUUGACCUUUGUCUCUCAGUACAGUACAAACCCAACAGGCCUCUGUGCUUUAUAGUUGUGGAGAGAAGGUGUUGUCUUGCCAGGCUGUCACUCCUGAUUACAUAACACACAACUCCAGACAGGGAGUCAGAAUGACCGAUAUCCCACUGGCUGCCUGGCGCGUGGCUCUCUGUCAGCCUACGGCGGAGGAGGAGGUAUGGGUGUAACACUACCUAUAGGAGUAGUCAUAAUGCUGUAGGACCACUCGUAGACCCGUAUUCACAAAGCAUCUAAGAGUAGGUGUGCUGAUCUAAGAUCAGUUGUUUUUUUUUGGGGGGGGGGCCUGAUCCUAGAUCAGCACUCCUACACUGAGAUGCUUUUUAAAUAUCGCCAAUAGACUACAGUCAUAAAAGGACCAGUCAAAAUACUGUAGGGGCAAUCAUAGACUUCUAUAGCUCCUGAGUCUGGGCAGUGUGAAUGCUCCAGUUUGUCCAAUUCUGCAGAACUGUACAUGCUUGUCUGUUCCGUAUUUUCCGUAUUUAUUAUAUUUCCUCAACGUGGCUUUCUAGGGAAUGACUCAGUGCUGUGACAGACAGUCUAAGUGCACCUCGGGACUGGAAGGUUCUCUGUUGUACAGUAGCGCGUACAGAAUGUGUGGUCCUGUACCAUACUCCAUUCUGUCCUCAAUUUGAGUCAUUGGCUAGGAAUGAACUUUCACGACAUGCUUUGGAAUAAGCUCUGCCCUGUCAGUAUUAGGAACAUCCAUAGGGUGGGUGUGUGGGCGCGCACGCAUAUGUGUGUAUGUGCGUCUGCGCACACACACACGCGCACACACACACACACGCACGCACAAACACACAAAACAUGGGAGCCUCUUAACCGACAGUGCCGACAGCAGGGGUUCCCUCUGCUCGGUUUGGGGGUUGGUUUCACCGUUUUUUCCCAGGUACUACUGGGUGAAUCUGUGGGCCUUAUAUUGACACUAACGAGAGGGGCUGGGUGAGGCAAGGGAAGGAUAGGGGGCUUUGUUCUCACACUACUACAUCUGAGGUGAGAUUAUCUCUCCUCCCCACACACCCCUCUGCCGUCCUUUUCUGGGAAUCAACUGCCUCGCUUACAGGAAAUCUGACUGGUUGAAAACAACCAGAGAUGGAAAUUCACUGUGUUUGAAGCAGUGUUUUUUGUUCAUGUGGCAUUCACAAACAGUACAAGUUCCUAAACGUCUCACUUUUGCACCGGGAAUCAGAUCAUGAUCAUCAGAUCAAGUCAUUUGGUAUUGUGAGGACAGUCAUUGGUCAGGAUCUGAACUCUGAACCCUGCUAGGUUCACAUCUGAAUUGUUGUACAGGGUAUGUGUCACAUAACAAAGAAGCUAAUUUAAGACUGCUUAUAACGGCUGUUAGUAUACGCUAAAUGUAAAUGCUUAUCUGCAGGGAAUUGAGCAAAGCGGAGAAGUCACACUCAGUUGAACUUGGUCUCCGAGGCAGAGUGAUUCCCGUAAAUUGUCCCCUAUUUUAGGUGGGCUUUUUGGGGACAUCUGGUGGGCCAGGGUUCGGUACAGGAAAACCACACAGUGCCCAUGGGGGCACAUAUGAGGAACCAGGGUUGACUAGCCCCUCAAUACCACAACACGUACUACUUCCCACUACUAACAAACCCAUGUAUUUUGUGUACUUGCCUCCACUCAUGUUAAACAAUAUUGUUGUGUUUUCUCCUUUUGUCUCAACAGGUAUCGUAACAUGGGGAACCUACUGAAAGUCCUGACUUGCACAGAUCUGGAACAGGAGCCCAAUUUUUUCCUCGAUUUUGAAAGUAUGUUUUUGGGGGGAGGGCUUAUUUAUUACAAUCCCUAUCUACACACUUGAACUUCCAAUCAUACUUAUUUUAGCGGUCCCCCGUCUUACCUCUCCUCACCCCCAGAGGCUACAGAACCUAAUCUAUUUCCCAUUUGCAUCAUCAGCUCUUCUCUUAGCCAUGCUGUUGCCGUAGGAUUGGAUGUUCCGAACAUAAUAUUACAUUAGAAUCUACCUUCCACAACAUUGAAUUUCUGGAUUGGAGUAACAAUUAGAAAGGAGAUGUAGCCUAGGCCUACUAGCCUAUAGCCUCUUCACUUAUAUCUGUAGACUCCCUCCCAGACAUAGAAAUACCCACUUGAUUGUCUUCCUGUGUCCACUAGAUGCCCAGCCCACGGACGCAGAACGAGAGGUGUGGGAGAAGGUGGACCUGGUGCUGAAGGACGCUAGAGGAAUCCUGGACGAACUGCAAGCAUACAAGGGAGCGGGUGAAGAGAUCAGAGAGGUCAAAUACUAAAAGCAUCACCAAACCUUCAUUCAUACAAGGGAGUGGGCCAGGAGAUCAGGGUGUUUCAGAGUAGGAUCUAGGAUCAGAUCCUGCCCAUGUCCAUGUAAUUGUAGCCAUUGUGAUCUAAAAGGCCAAACUGAUCCUAAAUCAGCAGUCCUACUCUGAGACGCUUGAUACAUACGGCCCCAGAAGGUGAUUAAACUACUAACUAGAUAAACUACUAACUCGGGAUUAAACUAGAUACUAACUAACUUCAGACUUUAUUCAGCAUCUUGUCUUUCCUGUCCCCCAGGCGAUCCAGAACCCCAGCGACGAUGCGUUACAGGAGGCAGCGUGGACGGCCGUGGUACCCCUUGGUGGGGAAACUCAAGAAGUUCUACCAGUUCUCCCAGAGAUUAGGUACGUACUUGGGGCCUGAUUUUUAGGAUCAGUUUCGCCUUUUAAGAUCACAAUUAAUAAAGAUGACAUGGACAGGGCGACCUGGUCCUAUAUCAGAUCUCCUAGAUGCUUGAUACAUACAGCCCCUGUCCUGAGCGUCAGGUUAGUGUCAGAUAUGUAGCCCUACAAAACAACACCAACACCAACACCUGCCUGAGACUAGUGAUGUGUCCUUCAGAGUUUGUGUAAAAGGUCAGAUACACGCCUGUACCAGGGGUUCACUAGCUACAGCUUCUCUAGUGGUUAUAUGUAAGAUACACGCACUCCUCUCAUGACCUUAACCAUCUGCAUGCGCAAUCACAUCAGCGAUAUCGGCUGCUGAGCUGCAGAAAUGUACAUGCAUAACCACACACACACACACAAACAUGCACAGUGCACACACUCCUAGCCAUCAUCAACGUGACGCUUGCUUGCGUUGCACUCCAGCUAGAUGUGAUACCCAGAGCUGAGGACUCCUUAUUACCUUGGAGACAGAGAGAGGGGGGAUGCUAGCCUAGUGCUGCCUGCUUACCGGUGACCAGCAGUCCGUCCCUGACCGCUUCGCUGACCUUAACCCCUUAAUCCCAGUGACGGCUGGCUGAGACUGCAGUCAGUCAAUGAACACAGUGGGCACCAGCCCACCAAGGCUGUGUUGUGUGGGUCUGUGUCUGUGUUAUAUAAUGAAGUAGGUCGUCUCCCUAUCCCCCUCCUGCCCACGCAUCCGUCCGUCCGCUCCACUGCUCUGACUCCGGGGGCCACCUUCGCCUCAGCUGCCUCCUGCCUGACAUGCGAGACGCUCGCCGACCUUUUCCGCAGACUGCCUCCGCUGCAGACAGACAGAGAGGAUGGCUGCUGGCUGAGAGAUGGCUUAUAGACCUCUCUGUGUUGAUGUUUUUCCGAACAUUAGUAUUAAUAUUAUUAAUUAAUUAAUUAAUAUGCCAUUUAGCAGACGCUUUUAUCCAAAGCGACUUACAGUCAUGCAUGCAUACAUUUUUGUGUAUGGGUGGUCCCGGGGCUCGAACCCACUACCUUGGCGUUUCAAGCGCCGUGCUCUACCAGUUGAGCUACAGAGGACCAUUAGAAACCACCUUCCACAAUAUUGUAACUGUGUCACUCCUCAUUUGGGUUUAAGCACUUUAAGUAAUGCAAGAUGUAGCUUAAUUAAAUGUUAAGCUUCCACCAAUAGAAGUGUUCAGGACAGGAGUCCAUUGACAGCAGGGUUGGAGUGAAUACCUGCCAACCCUCUGACCCUCCCACCCAUCCCCUCCUGAUCCCCUCCUCUCCCAAUGUGAACAGAGCUGAGCAGCGCCUGCCUAGUCCACGUACCCACAUUCCGCUCGCCUGCUCUGCCGUGACCUGAUGGGCUCAGACGUUCCCCCCGCCAUUCUCCUCCUCCCCUUCCAGACUCUAGACAGAUACGAGGCCUAAAAGCAGCCCCAUCUCAACUUCUGUUUUGACUAGGGAGAAAAAAAGUGCAUCACUAAGGCCAUUUUUAAUCAGCCCUCAUCCUCCUCGCUGCAGUAGAAGCAAUACGUUGUCCUAAGCAGAUGGGGGUCAUUACAGAAUAGCCAACGUGCUCAAUUUACUCACUGCCAGCUCGCAGUCUGCCUCCGAAAAACCUCUGUCUGCGGAUCUGUGUGUCUAUCUUAAGAGAGCAUCAUGGCUAAAGGUCUUCAUUUGUUUUUGUCUGGUUUAUAGCAGUGUGUAUUAUGUCCCUGUGUUCUACUGUAAGUGGUAAUAGUUUUAAAUAGAUACUCAGUCACGAUUAUGUGCAGCCAGGUGGAAGUUAGUGUUAUUGUGCAACCAGAUUACACUGUGUGUGUGUGUGUGUGUGUCUGUGUGUGCUUGGGUCAUCCGUGUUAUAUCAUUAUAUUAAAUCUAGUUGUCUUAGUGAGUCUAGACUGUGAAUGCUUCUUCAGUUUCUGACUGCAACCACAUUUUCCCUCAUGGAUGGUUUUGCCAUUGUUUAUUUAUGGUGAGCAUGUUGGUGCUUUCGUUGUCUUGAGACAUGGAAAUGCAAACAGAAAAGCAUUUGGGUAUCUACUGCAUUAGCUCACUCACUGCCUUUAUAGAAAGUCAAUGUUGGGAAAUGCACAGCUGGCCAGGAUACUAGUGGGGGAGUGAUAUAUUUUCCAUUACCUAGCUUUUGACUACAGAGCUGUGUGGUUUUCCCCAUUUAAAGCCAUGUAAAGUCUUCGUAUUUACCUACUGUCAAAACAAUGGCAGUAAGCCUGGAUGAAUGGAGCACCCCCCACAUAUCUCAUUACAAUGAGAUAAUUAGUCUCAUCUCCAUCUGUUUAGGUGAUUUUCCCAUCUCCCUCCCCCACCCUAAGAGACAGCUCUUCCCUAGACCCCCCUCCCCAUCCCACCCCACCCCCACACUGUCAUAGGGCCCUCGGCAGUGGGCACCAUCACCACUCAAUCGCAUGUCCCUGUUUUGUACAGCUACCCCCAUCAGGGCAAUUCUAUUUGGCACACAUUAUGUACUUUACGAUCGUUCCGUUUAUUCGGCAGAUAUUGAGCUUAUCAUUCAACUCACAAACAAUCCACAAUUGUAUAUUUUCUUCCUCCCUCCUCAUCUCUGACACCCUCUCCUUGUCCCUGUCUUACAGAGGCAGGACAUUCUAGUUGGCAUUUGAUAUCAUGAUGUACUUCAUGAUUAUUACGUUUAUUAGGCAGAUAUUUAGCUAAUCAGUCACAGCACACAACAGUCUCUAACACCAUCUCCUUGUCCCUGUGUUACAGAGGCGGCGCUGCACAGCCUACUGGGAGCCCUGACCAGCGAGACAUAUAACGACCCCACGCAGAACCUGGAGCGCGAGCAGGCGCUGGCCAAGCAGUUUGCCGAGAUCCUACACUUCACACUGCGCUUCGACGAGCUCAAAGUACGUCCCGUGACAUCCCUGGCCGCCAUUUCCUCAAUUUAGCCCAGAGUCCCCACCGUUCUCUCAUUUCAUCCGACCCUUGAUGUGAUCCUAAGCUAUAGCUUUGUGUGGUGCUGUUGUUGGCAUGGUUACGUUGUUAUUAUGUACAUGGUGUACCUAUUCCUUCUGAUAACGUGCGAGCUAACUCUCGUUGGCAUGACGAGGUGUUAAUACCUAUAUUUAGGUGUUAGUGCUGUACACCAUUAAGCCUCAGCCAAUUAACAGAUGAUACAACUUGGAUCCUUAUUUUUUAUCACCAGCAUUUCUGGGGCCGCAAUUGUUUUUGCAAUAAUUUCCACAAAUGUGGGGUUGACCCAACUGCAGUUCCCCCCUGACUUUGAAUACCACUGGUAUACACGCGGCUGGAAUGAAUGAACAAUGAGGUUGUGGAUCAGGAAGACGAAUAGGAUAGUGUAGUAGGCUGGUGCUUUUUGUUUGCAUGCCAACUGGCACCAUAUGCCCUAUGUAGUGCACUACUUUUGACCAGGGCCAAUAGGAUUCUGGUCAAAAGUAAUGCACUAUAAAGGGAAUAGGGUGCCAUUUGGGACGCAUUGCUUGGCUAGGGCUCCCAUCUUCAACACACAGAGACAUGGUUUACAGUUGAUCCCGGGUAAGAAACCCACAGAUUGCCUUUUUUGUCUGAGUCACAGACAACUCCUCCACUUACCAUAAAUCGCCUGGCCAAGUAGUCAGGGAGUCCCUAAUAUAUACGGACGUCAGAAACAAUCAAAUGAGCUCUCAUCUGGCUCGCAAGGCGUCAGAGUGAAAUGUACACACACACACACACACACUCCUACUCAAACCAGCACCCUGACACCCCCAGGCAUUCCGUCACGACGCACCAAUUAACCAGCCCUCCUGCCCGGCACCCCCAUACCCUGCAUGGGCACUAAAAGCGUGAAAGUAGGGGGGUUCAAGGUGUCAUGCCAGACACCAUUCAUACAUUUUUCACUCCCCAUACGCCGACGACGGGCAUUAACCUAGUUAGAACAUCCAUUCACCCGCCUGCCGUGUUUUUAAAGCCACUCACUGGUGAAAUAGGCUGGCCUGGCACUAGCCGCUAGCACUGACCGUCUAGCUGUAGCUAAGUGGACACAGACUGGGUACCAGUCUAUUGUGGUGGGAUUACCCAGCUGCUCGUGCCGGCCAGGCGUUAAUACACGAAGGGGCUAAUAGCGUGUCGCUAGGGGUAAUUGGGGAGGCGUCUCAGGACAUUGGAGGAGCAGGAGGUUAAUGUGCCGGACGGGGCCCACUGAUUGGCCAGUGGCUUAUUGAAGGUAAGCUCCGCUCAAGGCAAGGUCUAAUGAUCCUCUUUGCGGAAGGAAGCAGGGAAGCCGCGCUUCUUUGUUCGCAUCGAUUGCCUCUAGAGAUUUAAGAUGGAGUGUGCUUACUCUGCAAAGUAAGCUUUGAGGUUGUGUUGCCAAAUCACAGAACUUCACCGAUGUUCUAUAGCUAAUCACAUGGGGGUGCUAGCUACCCCUUCCCUCCCCCCUAAAUCAGAGAGUGUCACCACAUGUCCUGACCUGUGACCUCUGACCACUAGUAGCCCCUCAUCAUCCUUAGUGUUGUUGACGCUUCUGUCACACUGCCAAACAUAAUGAGCCACUGCAGCUCUGCUAAAGGGAACUAACAAGUAUUUCAUGAAUUGACAGUUGAAAAUAAAUGCAUCCUAUUAUAAAGGACAAGCGAGGAAAUAUGGAUAUAAAUAAAUAGAAGAUUAAAUCUUAUCGAUGUCUUUUUUUCAUUCUAUCUCCGCCCCCAGCAAUGUAUCUGCCUUGUAUGCUAAAACAUCCUGUCAUGAUGAUGGAGUAUUUCAGAGAGCUGGAUGUCUGCUGCCGCAUGCUGUGUGUUGCAGACACACACACGAACGCACACAGCCAUAUGCAUGCACACACACACACACGCACGCACACAGCCAUAUGCAUGCACACACACAAGAACACACAGAACGUGCCAAGUCCUGAGAGUUUUCUGUUUGUAAUGUACAUGUUAAUCCAUGUGUUGCAGAUGACUAAUCCUGCCAUCCAGAAUGACUUCAGCUACUACAGGAGAACGUUGAGCCGCAUGCGGAUCAACAAUACACCGGUGAGCUGACUACUGACCUCUUUAAUCUGAGGGGCUGAUGGUCCUUUCCCCCUGAGGCUACAGCCACAGACAUUUUGCGUCCGAAAAUUACGGAUUAAGUCAAUGGUUUUUCAAUGGCAGUCAUCCGCUGCACUGACAGAUGGACGAAGAUGAUUGUCCGUCAAAAAAUGCACAAUAUGUCAGCCUUUGGGCGUAUGCAACUCGUCUGAAAAUAGUUUACUUGAGCCACUGGGGACUCAAAGGGGGUUUGAGGCGCUCACUGGAGCACAGGGGGCGGUAUUAUUCAGAUGAGAUGUAUUCUUGCGAUAGCAUGGCAGGCGUUUAAAGGACAAUUCAGCCUCCUAUCUCCACACAGCCAUGCUUCAAAAUGACAGCCGGUGUACCUUUUUCAAUGGCACCAAGGACAUCUGAGAAAGGUCUGAAUUUUUUACUUUAGUGAAUAAAGUGAACGGAAUCUGCCCGUGUUCAUCUCGUCUGGAUUUUUAUCUAUACUGAACAAAAAUAGAAAUGCAACAUGUAAAGUGUUGGUCCCAUGUUUCAUGCGCUGAAAUAAAAGAUCCCAGAAAUGUUCCAUAUGCACAAAAAGCUUAUUUCUCUCAAAUGUUGUGCACACAUUUGUUUACAUCCCUGUUAGUGAGCAUUUCUCAUUUGCCAAGAUAAUCCAUCCACCUGACAGGUGUGGCAUAUCAAGAAGCUGAUUAAACAGCAUGAUCAUUACACAGGUGCACCUUGUGCUGGGGACAAUAAAAAGCCACUCUAAAAUGUGCAGUUUUGUCACACAACACAAUGACAGAUGUCUUAAAUUGAGGGAGUGUGCAAUUGUCAUGCUGACUGCAGGAAUGUCCACCAGAGCUGUUGCCUCCAACGUUGUUUUAGAGAAUUUGGCAGUACGUCCAACCAGCCUCACAACCGCAGACCACGUGUAACCACGCCAGCCCAGGACCUCCACAUCUCGACUGCUGAUGAAACUGAGAUGUAUUUCUGUCUGUAAUAAAGCCCUUUUGUGGAGAAAAACUCCUUCUGAUUGGCUGGGCCUGGCUCCCCAGUGGGUGGGCCUGGCUCCCAAGUGGGUGGGCUUAUGCCAUCCCAGGCCCACCCAUGGCUGCGCCCCUGCCCAUUCAUGUGAAAUCCAUAGAUUAGGGCCUAAUGAGUUUAUUUCAGUUGACUGUUGCAUGUUGCAUUUAUAUUUUUGUUCAGUAUAUGUAGCUGUAGCUUUAUCCCCCCUACGUGAAUAUGCCAUUAGGAAAAUGGCCCCAGAUGGUCAGAUCUGUCACUGCUAGAGCCCGUCUCUGCGUCUCAAAUGACACACCCUAUUUCCUAUAAAGUGCACUACUUUUGAUCAGGGCCCACAGGGAUCUGGAUCUGGUCAAAAGUAGUGCACUAUGUAGGGAAUAGGGUGCCAUUUGGGACGCAUCCCAUCUAUAGCCAGGCACAUUUGGGACACAGACCAUCUAUAGCCAGGCACUGAAAACUCUCCAGCCCAGCAGGACAGAGGAGCAUUACUUCAUUCUCAGUGUUCAGGCACUGACUACUGGAAUCACGACCGUUAUCUGUUCUGGUGGAAAAUACAUUAGUUCUUAUUCAAAUGUGAUAAUUGUUUUAUGUGACACGUCUUCACAUCCCAGAGGAUUAUUCAUAUUAUUCCGCAUUAGAGAAUAAAGGCUCAGUCUUUAAGGUAGAAAAAUGGUCUCCUUGCCGUUACUGAAUAUAGAGUGUUUCUCUACCAGCAUCUACUUUCUCCAAAAUAUUCAGUGUUUGUAAAGCGACAACAUUGAUGAAGUUCCUUGGUUUUUCAGGCAGAGGGGGAGAAUGAAGUCAACAACGAGCUGGCCAAUCGGAUAUCUCUGUUCUACGCCGACGCCACGCCCGUGUUGAAGACGUUAAGCGAUGGCACGACAAAGUUUGUCUCAGAGGUAAGAGGCCAUCGAAAGUGGUUUCACAGCUUCCUUACUUGGCAAACUUGAUAUCUGACACAUUGCCCAUCAGUAAUUGAAGUGACCAAUGCAACAAUGUGGUUUACUGUAGUAAAAAACAUCCCGUCUCUUUCUGUUGGCCUAGAAUAAGAACUUGCCCAUCGAGAACACGACAGACUGCUUAAGCACGAUGGCGAGCGUGUGCAAAGUCAUGUUGGAAACGCCGUAAGUGAUCCCAUCCACUUCCUCACUAAAUCAAGACAAUGUCAAUGUCUGCAGAAAUCGUGGAUCUGGUCUCAGAGUAGGAGUGCUGAUCUAUGAUCAGUUUUGCCUUUAAGAUCAUAAGGAAAAUGGUGUAGGGCAGCGAUCAUCAACUAGACUCAGCCGCGGGCUGAUUUUUUUAUUGAGCGGAUAGUCAGGAGACCGGAACAUAAUUACAAAGAAUUUGUAGACUGCAAAUGGGCCGCAAGAAGCCCUAAACAGAUAUAAUAUUUAACAAAAAUAUAAUCAUUUCAAACCUUGCUUACAUUUGUAUACGAUCACAUAUCUCUCUAUUAUGCGUGUAAAGUGAUCUAUACUGUUCUGGAACAUAAAAUAACAUGAUUAACCGGUUCCCAUGCUUUUAAAAUAACGUCUCUGUUCUGGGACAGUACGGAUCACUUUUGUUCCUGGUUGUGAGUCUGUUCCUCAAAAUGGUUUGUUCUUUUCGGUUUUCUGUUCUGUUCCCUGAACCGGUUCCAACCCCUGCUUCGAGCUGAUUUGCUGAUGUUUUUACAAUAUUUUAUGUUAACAAAAAGAAGAAAAAAAAUAACUUGGGGGGCCAAAUAAAAUCCCCCACCAGUUGGGGAACCCUGGUGUAGGGUGUCCACCCACUCUACACAGAGUGGGUGAAAAAUGCACUUUGGUGAUGAAAUGUCACUUCUUUAUGUUAGAAAAUACAUUUUACUUAGAUAUAUGAUUCUUCAUGUUCUGAAUUGUUCAGUGGUGGCUUUCUCUAACAUAUCAUUAACAUUAUAUCUAAAAAGUCGGAUUUCAUAACCUAAUACAUCCGAUAAUAAGCAAAGAGCGUUGAGCAGCAACUUUUUAGUAUUUUACAUGUUGUGAGCUCAGUGCUCUGUUGACAUUUCACAGAGAUAUGCUUGUUUUUGUGAGAAAUCUUCAAAAAAAUAACAGGAAUUUCGCAUUAAUAUGAAAGCAUAUACUAAAAUAUGAAAAUACUACAAGUCAUGUCUCAAAAUCAAUAUCUAUCUUACCUUUAUAUUGUUUUAUGUCCUCAGUUAGCCUUAAUUCUCGCACAGCAUCCAGUCUAGCUGACAUAAUGAUUUUCCUGAUUGUUGGCCCCUUUUUAUUUCUGGCCUCCAUUGAUUUAGUCACCCUAAUUUUGGCCAUCCUACAAGGGUAAAAACUUAAAUAUCUUUGAAUGGAUUAUGAUCGAGACAUGAGGUUUGGACCAUUGGUUUUCUUAGAGGAGUAUCUAUAAAAUAUUAACAUAUUAUUUUACCCAUUGGUCAAAAGAGGCAUUUUUGAUUGGACACCUUAUUAUAUGGACAGGGGAAACAUGAUCCUUGAUCAGCAAUCUCAGUGCCUUUCUAUGUUUCCAGGGAGUACCGUAGCCGCUUCACCAGUGAGGAGACGGUCUCGUUCUGCCUGCGUGUCAUGGUUGGCGUCAUCAUCCUGUACGACUAUGUGCAUCCUGUCGGAGCCUUUUCCAAGUCUUCCAAAAUUGAUGUGAGUGCAGGGUGGAGCUAUGUCAUCAAGGCUCCCAGUCCCAGAGGAUUGGCCACACACACGCACACACACACACACAAAACUGAUUUAUCUCAACAUGGUGUUUUCUGCUUCACAGAUGAAAGGGUGCAUCAAGGUCCUCCGAGAUCAACCGCCCAACAGUGUAGAAGGUCUUUUAAACGCUCUCAGGUAAGGCCCACCCUGUCUGUAGCUGAACAAUGCUUUUCUUUAACAGAGAAGAUGUUUUACUGAAUACUGUUGCAACUUUUUUCCUCUCACACUUACUUUAACAGACAGUAGCAUACUUACUGUGAAAUAAAAUACAGCCAUAUUUGGCCACAUUUCCUUAAUUAUUCUUUUUUUUUAACAAGUUAAGAGGGACUAAAAUCGAUAUGUGUUAUUUAGUGUUUGUGUUAAAUGUGGAAUCCCACAGUUUUAGAUUAUUGAAGAUCAGAGAGGAUUACAUUUCUUUGAGCCCCGGCCCCCUGCUCUCUUCUUAAAUCUAAGUGGCUCGCGCUCUCGCAGCUGUUCGCAGCUGACACAGCCAUUUUCGUGGCAACCGCGCUCACAUCUGCACAUCACAUCAUCAGGUCCUUUGGGCACGCUCAGUCACUCUCUUCCAGUCACGUGAGGUCACUCCUGAGUCAAAGCCUCCAGCCUUCAUUUCUCUUUCGUUCCGUCUCUGUGGGGAGAACGCCAGACUGGAAAUCAAAGUUCAGAGCUGUGAAACUGUCAUCAAGGCUUUCUCACACUCUCUGCGAGAGCAGUCGUGUUACGUUCACAGAUCCUGGCACUGAUCGCUCUGUCUGGUCUGUCUGUUCAUCUGUCCCUCGCAGGUACACAACCAAGCAUUUGAAUGACGAAUCGACCAACAAGACCAUCAAGAGCAUGCUGCAGUAG